AUUGUAUUGUGUGUGUGGCUGUAAUGUUAUAUGUAUUGCAUUGAGUGUGUGGCUGUAAGGGUAUAUGUGUUGCUGUAAGGGUAUAUGUAUUGCAUUGUGUGUGUGUGGCUGUAAUGGUACGUGCAUGGUACUGUGUGACUGUGCACACAGAGAUGCUUUCUGCCUGCUUGGUCGUCUUAGAGCAGUGAGUGUUUGUCAUCAAAGAGCAGUCUCUCCUUCACUCCCACUCUCUCUCUGGGCUUCCCUCUCUCUGCCUUCAGCUGCAUUCUCUGUCCUUUUCGCUCUCUCGUGCUCCUUGUCAUUUGUGUACGGUGUCAGGCUGCAAGUGUAUCCCUCUGUUGCUCUUUUUCAUUAUCCUCCUCUCUCCCUCCUUUCUUUAUCUCUCCUCUCACCCCAAGGGAACAGCAGUUGAAGCAGCAUCAAGCUCUGUCCUCCCCGGGCAUCAUCAGGGUUUUAUUGUGAGGGGGUUCAAUGCCUAGUGUACACUGUGGGGGUCCUGCUCAUCUCUCCCUCUGCCUCCCUGCGUUUCUCCUAUUUGCUUCCAAGGGUCUUCAGGCCCCCAUCCUCAAAGGUAAGAAUGAAACGGGAAAAUGGGGGGUUGCUGUUGAGUUUAGACCUACAGAACAAGGUAGCUUUUUAAUGACAAGGAUGGAAUAAUAGGGGAUUACAGGGGAAGGAGGGUGGAGAUCUGUACAUGGCUGGACAGGCUAAGUAAGAAAUAUUUGUCAUCAAUAUAUUUGUGUAAGAGAAGUUAGGGGCUAAUACUAGCCCUCCUACUCCAUAUCCACACUGGAGUAUUCAUAACUAUAUUAAAAUGCACCACCUCAGUUUAAUUGGGUUCACUGUUCCAUUUCCUGGAGAGGAUGGACAGACAAUGCAACACGAUGGGUUAACGGAGACACAGUCCAUUUUAUUUACAGAUUUGGCAUUUACUGACUGCCAAAUUUACUCUAUCUUGUGCAUGUAGUUCAAUGGCAAAUGAGAGGAGCCCAUAACUCCCCAAAGAGCUUACAUUCUGUUUUAACAUGCACUGAGUUUACAGGUAAAGCACUGUAAAGGUAGAUUUUAAAAUCCUUUGUAGAAGCAAAGUGUGGCUGCAAACACACAAUCUAAAUGGUGAAUAAGCCAGUGGCAUAAGACAGCAUGCAUGGAGUGCCUACACAUGUGCAGAAUUGCAAAACUGCUCUAUAAAUCAUAUCGGCUGCAUGUAAGAGAUUUUUCCCCAAUAGACAACACUUUCUUGGUUUUACUAAGAAGCACCAUAAUGGUUACGUAUUUCAAUUGCAAAGGAAAUUAAGUUGCAGUGUAUCUUUCGUUUUAUAAAAUAACGGAUUUCCUCUAACCCAUUCACCCAUGUAGAAGCAUGGUGCAUACUGGACCCUGAGAAUUGUUCACCUUUUUUCGAUCAGGAGUGCAAAUGCACAGAAGCUUAAGCAGUCAUGGAUGGCCGCAAUUAGUGGGUGUUGUAGUCUGACAACAGGCAGAGAGAAAAGAGGCAGGCUAGUCAAGCUACAGGCAGGGUAAAAACAUAGGUCAAAUAGGAAAAGUUAGAUGUGAAUAAUAUGAAGCAGGCAUUGAAAUGCUGCACCUUAUUGUGAUGUAGUAGAAUUGCUUUAUUAUAAAAUGGCAAAAAGAUCACAUGUAUUAUGUUUGGCUAUUUUAAUCCCCACAUUGUGAGCUCAGGAUGUGAUGAUGUCUGUUGUGGUACAUAGGUUAGACAUAAUAUUGUGAAGUCUGUAAGGAGGGGAGGGGGACAACAGCUGAUAGCUACAUUAGGAUCUUCAAGGCCAUAUUUUGUGGAUCAGUAAUUGGAUUAGUGUUUUUCAAUGACAUUCCAGUUCUUUAACAGAGAUAACCUCAACUCUGGGCCUGCCUUUAAGAACCCACAAUAGGUCUCAUCGCGUGUGUAUGACCAGCAAAGUGGGUAACAUGGGAGGGAUCGGACUUUCUUAUGAACGUAACAUAGAACCCAUCAUCUUGGUACAAUGGAUAACUACUGACCUAGGGACCAGCUACUGACCUAGGGGCGUCUAUCAUACUGAUCAAGGUCAGCGGCUAUAUUACAUAAUGUACGCCUUGCUCACAAUAGGGCCAGGGUAUCACAAGAGAUGUAUAUAUACUGUAUGUGUGCACAUGCAUGCUUUAUUUAUACACUGCUGACAGUUCUACUUAGUACAGGAGAGAGAGAUACAGUAAUGCAGUGUGUACACUGUGUACGUACCUAUUUUUUUAUUAUUUUUUUGUCUCUCCUCGAUGCAUAACAGAGAAUCACAUAUUACAGGAAACCAAUGGAGGUAUUUUUCCCCAUUAUAUCCACAGAUGGGUCAUGUCUUCAAAUCCCCAAACUGUAUGGUGGAGGUUGACACAUUAAUAGCCAUUCUGGGUUCUUGAAAUAUUAUUAAUAGUAUAUACAUUGCAAACAUUCACUGUAUAACUACUACACUGUACCCUCCCCUCUACAGAAAUGUAACAUGUUAAGUGCUAAGUAUAGUAUACUUCCCCUGUUCUGUAAUGGAAUCUUUAAAGGGCCAGGCACCGCUGUCAGCUAAACAGAAAUAAAAUAUACAUACAAACAUAAAUACUGAACUAAGAACAAACAGCUUGAAUGUUCAAGAUGGACACAUGAAUAAUUAUCACCUCAGAUCUAGAUUUGCACUGACUAGUGCACUAACAAUCUGUCCUUUUUACACAGGACUGUGAACAUUAUAUGCAUUUUAAACAUCAUAAGGAGAGCAGUGUGAUGCAGAUUAACCUCCUAGGAUAAAGGGUUAGGCAAAUAUAAUGAUAUCAUGAGUGCAUCAUCUGUUGUGAAGGGUUUAAAUAUACCAUUAAUCACUGGUCAUCAUCAGCUGAAAUCUGCUUUAUUUGACAUUUUAAAGCGACACUAAAUAAGCCAAUUUAAUUUAGUAUUAUAAAUUACUAAACCACUUGUCACCCAUCUAAAAACCAAGGGCCAAAUCUCUUAAUGAUGUCAUGCGCUGUGAAGAUUUUCUGCUUCUAAAGAUCUGAUUUGUUUCCCUUUUGGGGUUAUCCACAGCAACAUUCGAACCAUGUUCAGUACUUAGGCCAAAAUAUUUGCGUUUUAAAAAAUAUCUUUAAUUUGUCUAUUUUGGCCUAAGUCCUGCUAGUCACAAGGCCGAAGUCUUUCUUUAUUUUUAUUCCCUAAAUCCAUACAGCAUAGACCAAACAAAGUACAAACCUUCUAGGACCCUCCAGUGGUCCAGAUUUUAUCAACAUCUCUAUCCUACAUCGUUGCUUCUUUAGCACCAAUGAUCUAGAUAUAAUUGCAGAAUCCAAUGAUAAGCAGUAGUAAAGGCACUGAUAGGGAAAUUACACACGCAUAAUCAUUCUAACAUAUGUAAAUGUUUAUCCUACAUAUGCAAUAAGCACAGGACGAAACCCUCACAUCAGAGAGAGAGGGCCCAUUUAGGCUUUCAACUGCUAACCAAUAUAAAUCCAAAAUAUAAACUUCUCAGGUACCAAACUAGAAAUUUGUACCUCACCUUUAAACAGCGACUGGAUGAAUUCUUGCAAAAACAUAACAUUCAGUAAUAUAAUAUUUAAUAUGUGGGUCAACAGUUUCUUGACCCAUGAGAGAUCUGACUGGCAUCCUAGGGUUGAGAAGGAUUUUUUUGCCUGGUAAUAGGGCAAACUGUUUAGCAUUGGUUUGCAAUUUUACCUGGGUCCAUGCUGGGCUCUGAGGUAACUUUCCCCUCUGAUGAUGCACUUCAGGAAACUGAUCCAGUCGCCAUUCAUUGGCUGAGACUGUCAACUGACCACUCUCAGACAGUGAAUGGCACACUGUGCAGGUACAUGUGCACAGAAUUGACAUUAGCAAGCCCAGUACUAUUAUUCUGGCCUAGCUUAUGACACCUCAAUAAUGCUGCCAGAAGUCAAGUUAAACCUCUUAGUGACCAGACCGUUUUUCAAUUUUCUUACCGUUAAGGACCAGGUCUCUUUUUACAUUUCUGCUGUGUUUGUGUUUAGCUGUAAUUUUUCUCUUACUCAUUUACCGUACCCACACAUAUUAUAUACCGUUUUUCUCGCCAUUAAAUGGUCUUUCUAAAGAAAAUAAUUCUAAAAUAUUUUUAAAAACACACCUUUUCUAACUUUGACCCCCAAAAUCUGUUACGCAUCUAUAACCGCCAAAAACACCCAUGCUAAAUAGUUUCUAAAUUUUGUCCUGAGUUUAGAAAUGCCCAAUGUUAACAUGUUCUUAGCUUUUUUUUGAAAGUUAUAGGGCUAUAAGUACAAGUAACACUUUGCUAUUUCCAAACCAUUUUUUUUUUUUUUUAAAUGAACGCAAGAUACAUUGUAACACUGAUAUCUGACAGGAAUUCCUGAAUAACCCUUCACAUGUAUAUAUUUUUUAAAAGAAGACAACCUCAGGUAUUAAACGUGGGGUGUUUUGACUCUUUUCAUGCAACCAUUUUACCACCAAAAUUAUAAUUGGUGAUUUUUUUGACACACAUAGCAAUUUAAGAAUACAUGUACGGAGAACUUUAAGGGUUACUACCAAAGAACACCCCAAUAUGUGUGCAGCAACAUCACCUGAGUACAGGGAUACCACCCAUGUAUAGGUGUGUCAGGUUCUCUGGGGGCUAAAAGACCAUAUUUGGAUGAUGCGCAUUCCAGUUUUCCAACUUGGAAUUUUCACAGCUGGUCAUCAUGCACCCAUGUCCUAUUUGGGACAUUUUUGAAGCCGGCCAAUGUAAUUUACCCCCAUCAAACCAUAUAUUUUUGAAAAGUAGACACCCUAGGGUAUUUCAAAUGGUGGUAUUUUAACACUUUCCAUACACUAAUUCUACCACCAGUCAUUUUUUUGUGUUAUUUUUCUCUCACAUUGUACUUUAGGCAUAGAUUAUCAGUUCCUACCAUGUCUUAUUGACAAAUAACAUCCCGACAUGUGUGCAUCAACAUCACCUGAGUACAGAGAUAUAUAUAUAUAUAUAUAUAUAUAUAUAUAUAUAAUGAAAACAGGAGCACUCUCUUGGAUUUCCAAAAUAUAUUUCAAAAAAUCACCACCUCUAUAUCAAUGUUUCGACCCUUCAGGGUCUUUAUCAAGAUCAAGAUAUAUAUACGCGCGCGCACGCACACACACACACACACACACUUUGAUUUCCUAUAUAUGUAUAAUAUAAUAUAAUUAAAGCAUUUUACAAUAUAUUAUACAUAUAUAAUGCAUAUAUAUGAUUUCAUUAUAAGUGUAUUUUGAGAUAUAUAUCUAUAUAUCUCAAAGUACACUUAAUAAUGAAACCAUAUAUAUGUAUAAUAUAUUGUAAAAUGCUUUAAUUAUUAUAUAUUAUAUUAUACAUAUAUAUGUAUAAUAUAUUUAUUUUUAUUUUUUUACUUUUUAGCAGCCUGGCAGACUGUCUGACAGUCCCCUGCAGCUCCUAGACUGCUAUUGCGGCGAUGUGAUCAUGGUGAUUACAUGGCCCUGGAGGGCCGGGGUGGCCAGAGCUGCUGCAUGCACUUAGUAUGGCAUUAUAUAUAAGAUAUAUUUUGAUAUAUAUACUGCACAUACAGACUCAAGACACCAUAACAACUUCAAAUCACUGAAGUGGUCAUAAUGCUUGGAUUAACCCUUUAACCCUGCAAAGGCAUGGUUCAUUUCUAAAUAAAUUUUACUAGCUGAAAACCUAUGUUGAAUUCUUUUAUCAUAAUUAGGUUUGUUUUCUGCAUGGUAAAACAUACCAGAUCUUGUAAAAUUCAAAUAUAGUUGAAAUUGUGAGUUAUAUAUAUUGGUACAUUGAUAGAGUAAAUACAGCGGCAUUACAGCACCAUUUAACCAUGACAUAAUUUAUACUGUCUCUACUAGGGUCCAGUCAGGUCUUCAGCAUGAAGCAGGUCUUAAUACCUCUUAAAACAAAGAGAACGUUACCUGCGCUCUGGCCUAAAUCCCUAUGUACAUUUAAACAAAAUGGAGGCUCUUUGUUUUUACUAUGUAUUUUGAGCUGUUGGAUACUAAGCUAUUGCUGCUGUUAGCGCGGUGCUUUAUAUUGUGUUUGUACUUAAUACCCCUUAACCUCAAUCACUUCGGAAUCUAACUCUAUACCUACUACACUGCUAUAUUCUGCCUCAACAUCACUGUAAUGAGAUUUGCAUUAUGAUUGGCAAUAUACAGACAAUGUAUUUUGAUGCUUCAAAUUAUAGCACUGCUAUAGUGACAAAGAUUAAAUGACAACAUUUUUAAAAGUCAGCAUACUAAAGUGUUUUAUACUAUGGCUAUACUGGUCCAUUGACUCCUUGGAUUUAAUAUUCCUUUGCUUCUAUGAUCAUCAACAUCAGGAACAUUCCACUCGUUACAAUGGUGAUAGCGCCACAAUCAUUUUAUGAAUUUUGUUCCAAAAUUACUUUUAUAAUUAACUGCCAUUAUUGCUUUUCAGUAAACACUUCUAAAGAAUAAUACACUCAGCCAUAUGACAGGCACUUGGCAAACAUUUUGGGCAUCUAUACAGGAACUGUCUUACUCAAAUACGAUACUCAAAGGCUCAGGGCUCAAAAAUUCCACUCGCCAACUAGACAUUGGCAAGUGAAAAUACAUCGCUAGUGAGAGUGUCAUGGACCCUCCAGGCUUUCAGUGGCCAGUAUCUUUUAGGCCUGUCUAAUAGUAUAGGCCUUUAAAUUUUGAGCCCUGAUGAAGGGGAUUCACACUGUAAAGCGUUUGUUUACUUUGUUUCAACUAUUACAUGUCCAAAAUGUAAAAUCCUCUGCUCAAUUUAUUCAGAACCUGGUCUAAGAAUUACAAUGUUUGAGACCCAGUAUAACUACAAAUACUUUAUAUCCUUUAUUUACCUCUGUAACAAAAAAAAUGAAAGAAUACAUAUCUGUAAUUGCGUCUGUUUUUAAUUCUUGGGUUUAAACAGAAUUGUCCACAUACAGGGCUAGAUUCCGCUAAAAAGAUCCACGUUAUCAUGGUUAUUCAAUAAAAACUAAAUUUUGUUACAUCCCAUUUCAAAUUAAAUUCAGAACAUAAUAUAGCCAAUUAGGAGAAAUGUAUCAAGUAAACCAUAACACUAUUUUAGCCUCAAUUUUGAUUUUUAAAUGUAAUUUGCUAAAAUUAAAUUUGAUUAGAUUUAGACUACCAGCCCUCUCUCACACUUUUAAAUUGGAUUUAAAACAAAAAUGUUUUUAUUCACCUUUUAUCCUGCAGCCACUCCUCUUCUAAGAUCAUCUGUCCAGAUGAUAACUCCUACCAUCAAAGUGCAUCAAAAUGUUUUAAUGUAUCGUGCUGUGCAUAAUAACACUGAAUUUAUAGACUAUAGAAUAUUUAAAGCUAGGGAGUGACUCUAGUGGUCUGUUUAUAGUAAAAUUUAAACAUUGCCAUUUCUCUUAUUGCCACCCAGAGGGGACAGGGACUAUGCAUGAAAAACUCUCAAAUAAGAUGAAGUUGUUUUGAAGCUUACAGUACCCCUUUAAGCAUAGUAUAUACCGGAAUAAAAACAGUCCAGAGCAAACGGUUAUUAUCUGGAUUUUAUUAAAAUGCAUAAACUUUUUAUUUUUUGACAAUCUUUUUUUUUUGGUUGUGGAGACAGAGUAUAGAUCUGCUUGCAAUGCCACAACAGCGGGGCAAACAUUGCAAUAACAAACACAAUGUGACAUUGUCUUGACAUUCAGAUGACGUGCACACAUUUUUUUGUAUAUGAUAAAUCAGGCUAGUCAGAUAUGUCUAGAUUAUGAACAUCCUGCGAUUAGCUAACCAAGAACAAAAUCUAGACAAAAGGUAAGACAAAUAUGAGACUAAAACAGGCUAAAUAAUUUCAGUGCUGUUUGUAGGUAUUAAUAUAAGUUGCUGCAUAUAGCAUGCAUCAACAGCAUGCUUAGCUUGGGUAGUAACCGAUUUACGCAAAUUAAAGAGGAAAACACAAGUAAAUCAUAAGGGUAUACAAGAGUAGCAUCCCUAUCACACGCUCUGGCAUGUUUGUGAUCCAUUCACCCUAUCCCCAUGCACACAAUUUGGGUAACACUACAUGACAUAGGCCCCGCGGCCAUAGCUGUCCAUUCUGCCGGUCUUAAGUCUUGAUAAGUUGGACUGUGGAUCAUGUCCUGGGGGCGAGGGGGUCUAUAGACAUUGUGUGGUGUUGAGGAUACUCUCUUCACUAAUGUGCGAUUUGCACUGGGGUAUAGCCCCUCAAGGCCCUCAACCUGAGAGUGCGGUACCGGGAGGUGGACUGUCCGGGACCCAUUCAGGAACGGAAUGGUCUGGAUCUCUUCUUCUGGUGCAUAUGUAUGGAGAUCUUUGGUGGAGCCAAGCCUGGCGUACAUAAUUUAGUAUUGGGGGGGUGAGUGGUAAGGCAAGCUAUCAUUAUUCUUCAGCCCCACAAUCUGGCCCAGUAGAUUGCUCAGCUUCGUCCAAAUUUUUGCGAAGAUCAAUUACAGCCGCAACAUAGUCCCCAGCAUACCUUGUGUGGCUGCCAUCUUGGAACCUGAGAUAUUGUUACGGUCGCGUUACUACCAGUGGAUGAGUAAGUAGGUAUCCCUCACUGGCGGAGGGGGGGAGCCAUGUUGCAUCUGCGUGCUCCAUCUGGGAGAUUGGCUGCCACUCCCUCGCCAUCUUCUGCAGGUAGGCAGCAGUAUUAAUGUUGGGUUUAAGUCGCCUGUGGCGUGUCGAGCAGCUUCAAAGUGAGUCACAGUAAGUAGCAAGAUGUCACCAGUUGAACAAAGUUUGAUUUUCUCAGAAAAAAAAGGCAAUAUAUUGAUGCUUUUAUGAUUUUGUGUGCAGAGCUCACUCAAAGUGCAACUGUUUCACAUAGCAAUCAGGCCCCCCUCAAAAAAUGCAUAAAAAUUAACAUCUAUAGGAAAAUGGUAGUGAUUCACAUACAGGUUAUUCACUAAACACCAAAUUUUAGCAAAUUAAUUUUAAGUUUAUUUCCUUUUCCUUUAAAAUACGCACUCUGUAUUAACAUUGAUUCUGUGAAUUGCAAUGAAUUGAAAACCAAAUUGGAAAACUUGUAACAAAAUAGUAAAACACAUGGUAUAUUUACUAAAUGCUUGGGUUCUGCAAUUUUAAAUGUAAUUUACCACAAUUCAUUGUUUAGUUAAAAAACACCAUUUUCAUUACACCCUGAAAUCUUGGUGUUCUGUUUAAGUAUUAUUGCAGAGCGUUAUUAGCCAGGUGUAUACCCACCAUUUCUACUAGAUAGGUUUACUUGCUAAAUGCCACCCACUUGGUACAUUAAUUGUUUGUUUGUUUCUAUAGUAACAAAGUCAGUAAGGUUUAUGAACCCCAUAAACCCCGACCUUCCAUAUCUCUAUGUCCCAUUCAUUUAAUCUGUGACAGCUUGUUUCUAACAGUCUAUAUUCCCGAAGAUAAAACACGAGAUAUUUCCAUUUAUAAUCUUACCCCACUAAUUCUCAGAGCGGGUUUGAAAAGCUUAGUCUUUAGAACCUGCCGGGCUCUGUGUACUGUUAAAAACCACUUCAUUCCCACGCAUAGAAACUCUUUUACAGAAACAGUUUUUAUUCUUUCAACCUAAAUUCUACAUCAAAUCCCACAACAGUUCUCUAUACUCACACAUGGAUCACGCUAGAUUUAAAAUAUCCACACUUGGCCGACAUCUCUUAUUCAAGUGAAUGCGAGAAAAGAAGAUGUAAAGUAUAGGCAUUCCUUUUUAAAGUAAACUUGGAAUUCUAACAGGGUUAUUCAAUAAAGUAAAAAUAGUCAGGUUUUUGUUUUUUUAAAUGAAUUCAAGGUGAUUUCAAAUGUAAGGCUAAAGUAGCAGAAAUGGAAGCAUAAUUGACUUGGAGAAUAACCAAAGAAAUAAAUAAGAGAGACUAUAGCAGAAACAUGAAGUGGGGAAUGUCUACCAAGUGUCAAGGCAACACCGCUGUCUAACUACAGUAUGCUAUGCUUGUUCCAAAUGUACAUCUUAAUAAAAUAAAUAAAGAAUAAAAAUUAAAAAAAAACAUGAGAGAGAGUGCUCUAAUCAGCUCUAAUGAGCAGGGCCCAAUGACGGCUCUGUUUAGAAUGAUUCACAUAAGUACAGUAUGGGGUAUAGCAAUAUACUCUAUGCUUUGAGUUUGUGUCCAUAGAGUGGUGUGCCUCAAGCCAUCAUUGAAGACGCAGUGCAACAGCAAUGUUAUGUUAAAAUACAUAAAUAACUUUUGUGUUUUUAGUGAAAUUAUGAUUAAUGAGUUCACUGGAGACAGUUUGGGGACCAAUUCAGAUAGUAGAUCAGAAUGAACUACACUGCUUCAGAACAAUUCAAUUUUUUGCUAAUGAAUUAACAUUAAAAUGAUUUAAAUUAAAUCAAUAAAAAUCCGUCAGGUGACCAUAAAUCACUCUGGAAAUUGACCACUUGUAGACAAAUGUUGUGAUUUCAGUGUCCUGCUUUUUGCAGGUGAAAUCUUAAAAAAAAAAAAAAAUGUAAAAAAAUUAUAUAUAUUUAUAUAUAUAUAUAUAUAUAUACACACAUACAAAGAGUUAAAAUAAACAUUAAUGAAAAUGCACAUGUAAAAUAAAUGUCUUCUACACCCCUUGAUAACAAGGUAGGAGGCAGUGGAAUGACCUGCCAUAUUCCCUCACAUCUGGGAAGGCAAUGUGAAAGUUAAGUUAAAAGUACUUACAGUGGAACGGUCACUUAUCUGAAACUUACAACGCAUGACAAUUUUCUGUCUAAUGUUUAAAGAGUUUUUGGCACAAUGCAUUAAAUAUGUUUUUUAUUUUUCAAUUCUUGCAUUUAUUGCACCCUGACCAUAACGUAUCAAUAUGCAAUGCAUUUAUGGAUAUUAACGCCACCAUAAAUAGUGGUUAAGUUAACAUAAUAAAAAUUGUAGGAAGUGAUCUUUCACUGCUGUCAAUGAUUGAUAAGAGGAGCAGGGGAAUUCUGCUGGGCCCGCUUCUGGUUGGCAGCAAUAAAGGAGGCUCGCCUUGAUUUAUAUUUACUGUUGCUUGCUUUUUUUAUUUGAUUCAUUUGCUUAAGUGGUUUUUACUAAAAGGGAUUACAUUAUAAUUACAAUAUAUAAAAGGGAAACAUUAUAAUUGGUGUUUAUGAUAUUUUAUUUCUUGCGUAUAGAAAGUAUCAAUACCCUUAAUUUUUAUGUUGCAGCCAUAUGCUAAAAAUAAUAAAAAUCUGGUUUAAAUCAUUUUUUCAAAUCAUGCUACCCUAGAGCAACAAAGCCAAAAUCAUAUAUUUAAAAAAAUUUAAAUUAAAAAUAUUACAUUGACUUAAGUAUGCAUAACCUUUGCUUUUACACUUGAAAUGUAGCUCCUAUUCAUCCAAUUUCUCUGGCUCAUCUUUGAGAUGUUUCUAUGCUCUGAUUGGUUGGAUUGGUUGGACAUGAUUUGGAAAGGCACAUAACUGACUAUAAAAAGUCUCACAGCUGUAAAUGCAUAUCAGAUUAAACACGGGCCAAUAGGCCAAAGGAAUGCCUGCAAUAGUCAAAGAGGAUUGUGUCAAGGACAGAUCUGGGGUAGGCUACAGAAGAUUAUUGGCUACACUGAAGGUUCCCAAGAGAGAGUGACCUCCAUUAUUCCUAAACGGAAGAAGUUUGGAAUAACAAGGAAACUAGAGAGCUGGCCGCCACGCUAAAUGGAGCAAUUGGGGAGAAGGGCUUUGAAAUAGAAGUGAACCUGAUGGUCACUCUAGGUUCGAUCACGAUUCAAAGUGUUGUGUCUGUAGGAAAUCAGACACUGCUCAUCACCUGUGCAAUACCAUCCCAACGGUUAACCAUGGUGGUGUGGCAACUUGACAGAGCUUGACAGGAUCUGCGGAGAUGAACGGCAGAAACGACCUAAUUCCAGGUGUUCAAAGCUUGUCUCAUCAUGCCCAAAAAGACUUUAAACUGCAAUCGCUGGCUAAGGUGCUUCAACUAAGUACUUAGCUGGAUUCUCAAAAUAUAUAUCAAUGUGAUAUUUCAGUUUUUUUCUGUUUAAUAUAUUUGCCGUGGCAUAAUAAAAAGUUGGGGUUUUUUUUGCUUUGAGUGGGAUAUUAAGUGUAGAAUGAUGUGGAAUUUUUUUUGUAAACGAUUGAAGCAUAAUGCUGCAUCAUUAAAAUGUAAAUACUUUCUGAGUGCACUAUACUCCCAGCAGCCAUGCAUAUUUGCAGGCUAAAAAAAAUGAAAACAAACAAACCUACCUGGCUUUAUACAAAUUAGAACAACCUUGGGUGGAGAUUUUCUUGCCUGUUCUCCUUGCAUGCUGUGCAUAGCAUACUAAAUGAGGGUGCUUAAUCUCUGAGGACUAACGCUCACACAUGCUUUCAUCUCUUCUUUAAUGAACCAUCUCCAACCUCUCGGACACAUAACGCACUCCAACCAUUUAGAAACCUUAACCAGCUUGACCUACAACAAUUCUCUGCACGAACAACAUGGACAAAAUUGAUAUAAGCAGACUAGAGCUUACCAUUCCGGCUGCCUACUUGACAGGUCUGAAGGGCAGUUCUAAGACACACUCGAAGCUGACAAUAGGUGCAGGAUGCUCUUUACAAUAAUUCUAAAUAGUGACUGUGCUUACAGUAACCAUUUAAAGGGAAUAUAUGUCUAAUAUUUUGUAUGUCAAAAAUCAUAUAUAUAUUUUUACAUUUAUAUAGAUUAAUGGUAUCUUUGGGACCCCCUGGGCCGCCUUUUUUAUGUUUUAACAUUUACAUUAAAUAACGCUUUAAUUAUUUUUUUCAAGCACUGAAAAUAGGUUUAUGCAGCUCGCCCUACCACCCCGUUUUUCCUCCCAUUUUAUUUUCUGACCCCUUUGACUUCUCAUCCAAUCCAAUACUUCUCAUAAAAAAGCACUGUGGAUAAGCAGUGCAUGUGCGGCAAUUACCGUACCACUCAAAUGCUUCUCUGUAGGAAGCAUCAGAGGAUGUUCAAUGUCCUCAUGUAAUGCGUGUAGUGAUGUCCCGAACGGUUCGCUGCGUACGGUUCACGCGGACUCAUCAUUGAGUAAACUUUGACCCUGUACCUCACAGUCAGCAGACACAUUCCAGCCAAUCAGCAGCAGACCCUCCCUCCCAGACCCUCCCACCUCCUGGACAGCUCACUAAGGAUGCAGCUUCACAAUGGAUGCUGUCCAGGAGGUGGGAGGGUCUGGGAGGGAGGGUCUGCUGCUGAUUGGCUGGAAUGUGUCUGCUGACUGUGAGGUACAGGGUCAAAGCUUACUCAAUGAUGAGUCCGCGGCGAACCGUUCGCAAACCGUUCGGCGAACAGUUCGGGACAUCACUAAAUGCGUGAUAAUGUUGAAUGUUAAUAAUAAAGUCUGGAAGUGCCAACUAGUGGCACUCAGUGUAACAAAGACGUGUUUAGCCCUGCAAUAAAAAACUGCUGCAUCUCCAGCUAUGUUUUACACUGCGGGAGCAAUAUGCCAGGGGCACUGCAUUGUGAUCAAGUUGUCUGGGUGCCUAUAGCGUCCCUUUAGGCCUAAGGCAAAGGCAUACAUUUUUCUGCAUAAUUAUGAUAUUCCCAUGAUAAGACACUCUAUGCCGUUAACAUUGCCCUAGGAUUUGUAGCAUGUCCUGCGCAGUUCUACUGUACCUAGAAAGUAUUGCUACAUUUCUUGCAUUGCGCACUUCAAGUACAAAGGGCGCAUCAAAUAUAAACCUAAUGCUUAAGUCUAAACCUUUUGUUGAGAAACUGUGCUUUACAAACUCAUAACCAUGAAAAGGUUAAUUUAUUUCCCCAUGCCUCGGUCAGUAAAAGGGAUUGUAAACUCUGCUGGGCCGAUGAGCAUUAACAGUCUAAAAUACCAUUUCUAUUGGAGCCCAGUGAAAAUGUCUAUGCAAAUUAGAUUAUCUCCUUGAAUUGGGUGAAUUCUAUUAAUUAAAUGGCAAUAUUGCCGAGAGAGAAACGAGAGGAGGGAGAGUGGAUGUGAGCUGGGGAGAUAGAAAGCUAGAUAGCAGUUGGGUAGAAUAAAAUUAAUUUGUUGGAUAAAGUAUAGUAAAAUUGAGAGAUUUAUUUCAGCACUAACACAGUGCACACAAUUCGUAAUGAAUGAAGAAAAGAUCUUGAUAAUUGCUGCCUUAAUCUGCAUUUUCAUCUAAUGGUUUUAUCCCUGGUUAGAGUAAUACAAUAUCACAGGCUAUAGUUAGUGCCAAGCACUCCUAUGGAUCCUAUUUUACAGGAACACUUUAUACCCCGAGAGACAUCUCUUGUACCCUACAUGUCAGACAGGAAUAUUAUAUAUAUAGGGAUGUUAAUUAUAAUUUUAUUUGUUGAAACGGUAUUACUAUAUAGACACCAUUCGUUUGGACGGUGCAAAAUACAUUUUAUUUUACUAUAUAAUUUACAGUUAGAGCAAUAUAAACGUAGCUAGAGAUGGAAAACUAUAAAGCGAAGUGUGAGAGAAAGAUAAAAAGAAAAUAUAAAAGGACUACUAGUGUAAAAGAGUGAAUAGAUUUAGAAGGUUGGGUAAAAAUUUUGGAAUAGUCAGAGAGUGUAAGAAUGCCACAAGUUGAAGUGUAAAAGUGGGAUAAAAAUAAGAUGUUAAAAAAAAAAGCAGCCACAUUAAAGAAUAUGGCAAAAUGAUUAGCCAGUUAGGGGGCGGUGUAAACACACUAUGUUAGAGAGUGAGAUUAAGAAAAAAAACAGGAGAAAAAGAAUACGGCAUUUCAGAAUGUUUGUAAACAAUAGGCACCAAGAUACUUCCGGAUGGCAGAAUGCGAGUGGCUUCCACUGACCUGAAGUGAAAACUGUCCAUGAAAGACAACUCACUUUACCAAAAAGGAAACAAGGAAAUUAACAAAACUCAGUUAUAAUGACAGCACUAUGUGUGUCUGAGGACAAUGUGUCAUCAAGUGUGUCUUUACAAUCCUGCGCACAGUGCCGGGAAGGAUGAUGAGUACGACUCUGCUUAGCAGCUUCUGGAUUACCUUUGCCACACUCUGUGUGUGAUUUGAGCAGAUUAUUUGGGGCAAGUGCUCUUCAGGUCUCUCCAUUUUCAGGUAAGCUAAAUGCCAGCCAUACCCAGUGCGCCCCAAAUGCAAGCCAUACCCAGUGCGACCCCAAUGCUAGCCACACCCAGAGUGCCCCCCUGCCAACCAUACCCAGUGUGCCCCCCCCUGCCAGCCACACAGAGUGUGCCCCGGUACUCAUGCAGCUUCUUCCACAUAGCAUGGUGACGAGCCACGAAGCCCGACUCCUGGGACACAAAGCCUUUCUGUUUGCGGAUGAAGCCCCACAAGUGAUCCCAAGCGAAAUGUGCAGCUUCCCAGCAGCCAUGUCUGUCAAAGACCAUGAAGAAAGCCUGCCGGAGCCCUUCCUACUGCCCGGGGACACAGCCCGGCUCACUGGACCCUGAUCCGGUUCCUGGGGGCCGACCACCUCCUCUUCCUCCAUCCAGGACAGCUCGUCCUCCCUGGGCUAGCACCUGGGUGACAUCCUCCAUGUACUUCCUGCUGCCCUGGUCAGAGGAGACGCUGACUCGCAGGGUGAAAGCACUCAACAUGGUGACAGCUCCUUUGUUACCGUGAUCCGCUGGAGAGAAGCUCAAUAGAACGCUUCGGCUUUUGCCACUCGGAAGAACGUCUAUUAUUGUUGUGACGUCAUUCAGAAUUGUUGUAUGCUGUAGGAAUUAUUAUGGGCAAUAAGGUUAGCACGCCUCCCAAUCAUCCUGAACACACCUCCCAAUCGUCCAGAAUUCGGAGAGACAGUUCCGAUUUUUGUGUCCUAUCCCGGUGCACUGUCUUAGUUACCUGCUGUCUUUUUUGGGGGGCACCAUGGAAUUGUCCCCUACAUUCAUGGCACAAGUGCAUCAAUAAACACACUUGCUCUAUGAUUAGGAAACUAGGACCCUGUAGGGAGAACUGAUCUGUGCUCCCUGCAGUUGGCCAGCCUCCAUGAUGGACAGACAGCCUGGAGUGCAUUCAUGCCAGGCUAACCUGCCAUUAACUCGUGCAGACUCCAGGCGGAUCCAUUACUUUGGGGGGUGAAGCUAGUGAUGUAAUCAUGUCUCUGGCCCACCCCCUUUAAUUCCUGCAUACCGGCAUCCUGGUUUGCAGGGGGCGCCAGAGUUGGGAGGUAUGGGGUAAGGUAAAGAGAAUAGUUAAAAUAAAAUAAAAAAUAACAUCAACACUGAGCACUAAACUGAGGUAAACGUAACUCCUUAAUGCCCAAGACUAUUUUAAGAUGCAACGCCUCUGUGACCAAGGCAUUUUGUCACUUUUGCCAUGUGUUCAUUCUACCACGAUUUCACUCUUAGGGUUUAAUGAAACCCAUACAUAUUACAUAUAAUUUGUUACAAGAGAAAUAGGGCUUUCUGGUGAUAUUGUAUACAUAACACAAUAUUAAAUAGGAAUAAAAUAUAACAAAUUAAGGGGGAAACACAUUUUUUCUCAGUUUUACAUGUAAUAAUUUCUACACACCAAGUGCAAGUAAAGAAAACUAACUCGAAAUAGAUUCACUAAUUAGUCGAUUGUUAAUAUGCCCAAUAUGUCUAGAAUAUAAUUCAUUUUUUGAAAUUAUAAAAUAAAGAUUGCAAGGAGUCAAUUAUGGUUUUAACCCCUUAAGGACACAUGACAUGUAUGACAUGUCAUGAUUCCCUAUUAUUCCAGAUGUUUGGUCCUUAAGGGGUUAAAGCUAAAACUUUGCAAAAUGUUGCUUGUUAAGAUAAUUCUUAUAGUAGUAGCCACAUAAUUUUUUACUCUGGUAUUUUGGCAUCUUGUCUACUAGACUAAUACAGCUAAUCCAAUCUACACUAUAUGUAUAUAUAUAUAUAUAGCACAUCCCCCAGGAGGAUAUUUAACUAAUAUUUUGACACCUUUCAUUUAACCAUUUUAUUACUAACCAAUUAUUUGUAUUUUUUUUUACACCCAUAUUCCUACUCCCAAUCCAUCCCCUAAUCCCACCUCUCAGUACUGACAUCAGCAGAGGGAUUUCAUAGCUUUUCUAUCCAUGCUGCAGAUCCUACAUACAGUGGGCAGCUGGCCAAGACCAGCACAGAUCAAAGAGCAGGGGGAAAUGGAGGGAGAUCUUACCAGGGUCUUUAUCAGACCCUGGAGGUCUCCCUGAUAUUGGGGGGACAUUAAUAGGCUGGGGAGACACUGGCAGGCUGAAGGUAUAGGUCAAAUCACUGCAUCUGAGUGAGAUUGAGCUCAGCUGCAGUGUUUACAUUAAUUAAAAAGGGCUAUGUGCAGCGUUGACUUAGAACUCUGUACAUAGUUCAUCCCUCAGUUUGGGGCAACUACUUGUGGCCCCAAUUGACAGCGAGGACACUUAGUUAUCAAACGAUGGUUGGCUAAAGGCGCACUUAGUACUACCGAGGCUAAGUGCAAUCAUUAUGUGUGCAGUUUGAGCACUGCACAUAGCUCAUCUCUCAGUCUGGGGCAACUAACUUUGGCCUAAGCUGAUAGAGGGGACUCUCAGUUACUGAAAGAUACCUGGGGCUUCUUCAUACCGCCACGGAUUUAAACCCUGCUGGUACAUUUACUGUAUGAUGGUAUAUGCCGUCAAUAGGUAUUAAAGCCCUUCACUGUAUAGACUAUCAUAUGGUAUUUAGGUGGUCAAAAAAUAGCUAUGAACUGAGCAGAAACUCCUGGUACUGUCCUGGUUAGUGUAUCGAAUGUGUGACUGGCUUUCUAUUGAUUUUUUCCUGAUAUUAUAUAUGUGUCCAGGCCUCUGUCUUACAAACAGAUACAUUAGCGUUACUGCAUAAAUGUGCUAUUCAAACAAAGUAGUUGAGAACAACAAGCUGUUGUAUGUUGCAUACAUCCAAUUGCAUGCUGCACGAGUGUCCCUAAUUAUGAGGGACAGUCACUAUGGGAUACGUUCCUGUUUUCUGUGCCAACGUCCCUCUUUUCUAGGAGAUGCAUCUCCUAGGAGAACUAUGUUGGUAGUGUAUAAAAGAGCUCAAACACAAUAAUACUCACAGCAAUAUGUCUUUAAACUACAAAGGUCUGUGUAAAUAGGAUACAUCUGUCUAAAUUACAUUUCAGUUGCAUAGAGUCUAUAUAAGAUACCAAUGGAAACAUGCACAGAAUUAACAUUAACCACCCCAAACUCAGGCUGGCCAAUCAUGCCCCCUGCCUCAUGUGGAGAUAUACACCUUUAAGUUAUACUGAAGGUACAAAACAACUUAUGGUUUCAAAAUCUCUGUGCCAAAAUUGACCUAUCCAGUAAUAAAGCAUAACAUUGGUCUGUAUGUUGAGGUAAUAUAUUUAAAAUGAAACAUUUUAUUAAACCUUUCUAUAGAUUACCCAUCUCAAGAGUAGAACGUUUCCCAACAUGCACUUUGCCUGUGAUUCCUGGUUGUCUGUUUUUUUUUUUACUGGUGUUACAUUGUUAAUUGUCCAUUGAAUUUGACUAAACACAGAUUGAAUAAUGAGCUAACGGCCGGUAGAGAGGGAUAACAUGCCUACCUCCAGUCCCAGACAUGACAGAGCGAUUAUAGCUUCCUGCAUGCAUGAAUGUCACCACCAAGUAAAAAGUAGUUUAAGACUGAAAUAACGGUGUAAUGUUUGCAAAGCAUCCAUUAGUGCAAGUACACAAACUUUGCACAACCUUUAUACAUACAAGUAAGGGCUAAUGCUCAAAUUGUGCCAAGAAAUGUUUCUCCCAGUAUGUAACAUUUCUAUAUGCCUGCACUUAUGAACGUUGGCCACAUUUUGCACUAAAUGAACUAUAAAAUCGUUUCUGUAAGUGGCCAGUGACUUUAUUGGGGGACAGUGUCCAUUAUAAUUUAUUAUCUUCAAGGUUAAAAUGUCAUUUUAAAAUGCUGUGUGUCCUGCAUCCCAAAUUACCUGAACACACAAGUGCUGUGUUCUGGAAAAUGGUGCAAUGUACUAAAAGGGGAGUAAUCACUGUGGAAACCCUUGGAAACAACAAUAGUAUUCCACUCAUGAUACCUCCUUUUUUUUUUUUUACAUCUUUGUUUCAUGUUUCAGAACACUUUGACAAAUUUCCCCAAGUGCCUGCAAAUAUGCUAAGGGCACGUUAGGCCAAAGGCCUUCUCUGCCUAGAACUAUUUGUGUAUAGUUACUGCAUUUACAGAGCGGCUGCAGAGGGGGAGAGCUAUGAGUGCCUCAGUAGCCUCGGUAAUGCUAGGUAAUAAAAUAAUAUAUAAUUAUGAUAAAUCGAUAUGUAUAUAUAAUUUAGACAACAUGCACUUUAUUAAUGUUAAGUUGAUUAAGAUAAGGCCAAGUUUCGCACCUUUCUCAAACUCCUUACUUUGUCCUUGAAGUUCUGACACAUAAAUAGUAUAGUAUGCUGGAUUUAUGCACAGCCUCAUUUAUUUGUAUUAGACAUUCUGUGUGAAUUGAAGAACUGUAAUAAUGUUAGAACAUAAUAAUGUUAGAAAUGGAAAAACAUAACAAUGUUAGAAAUGUGCUUCACUGAUGUGGUAAGACGGAGAGGGAGCUGGAGGAAUUCGUGCCUUAUGGUAAUAGGUGGGAGAGCGUUUUGCAUAUAAAUUGGAAACAAUGAUGUAUACACUCAGAUGCAGAAAUACAUUGAAAUAAUUAAAUCUGGGUAUCAUAAACUGUUCUGUACUGGACGCUGCAUUCAGUCAGUUGUUCUGCGACUGCCCGUGCAUGAUGCAAUAUAUAAUUGAGUAUUGCAGUAACUGUAAUACCUUAUUAAUACAUUACCAAUAAUUUAGAACAAGAUUUGCAAUCUUUAGCACAUUUAAAACAAGAAUAAUAUGGUUAGCCCAAUAUAAAAAUAUUUCACAAGAUACUUGCAUCUACAUUACUCAAUUAACAUACAUAUAAUAAAUGACGUCCCUGCUGCAUAAGCAGGUCAUGGUGUGAAAACCAUGGGAUGCAGACCUGGCCAGAAAGGAGGCGUGUUAUCCUGGCGUGAAUGCUCUCCAUGCUAACUCUAAUCCUUCUGCCCCGCCCACUUCUAAAGUUCAAGGCAUUCUUUAACCCCUUAAGGACUGAGCCCGUCGUACACGUUGCAAUCAAAACAAAAGAUAAACAAAAACUGGAAUUUACGCUAUAUGUCUUUUAAACCGCAAUUCACCUUUUUCAUAUUAAGUGCUAUGAACACUUAUUAUACAUAAUUUUGUUCAGGAGAAACAGGGCUUUGAUUUCACAUUAACUAUUCAUAUAUGAAACAUAAUUCAUUAUGAAUAAAAUCUAAAAAAAAGUGUGAGAAAUUAAGACUUUAAAAACAUUUUUUAGUUCUGCAUGGCAUUUUAACUGUGAAUGUCAUAAUACGGUUAGCUUUUACUGCAAUAAAAUGCACAUAUUUGUAUUCAGCAACAUCUCACAAGUACAACGGUAUAACCCAUGUACAGGCUUUGUGAUGUUUUGGAAAGUUACAGGGUCAAAUAUGUCAUGUUUCAUUUUUCAGUUUCUACACAUUGAAAUUUGCCAGAUUGGUUAUGUUGCCUUUGAGACUGCAUCGUAGCACAGGAAUGAGAAUUACCCCCAUGAUGGCAUACCAUUUACAAAAGUAGACAACCCAGGGUAUUCAAUAUGGGGUAUGUCCAGUCUUUUUAGUAGCCACUUUGUCACAAACACUGGCCAAAUUCAACAUUUAUAUUUGUUUGUGUGUUAAAAAUGCAAAAAACAAAUAUAAACGCUAACUUUGGCUAAUUUUGUGACUAAGUGGCUACUAAAAAAGACUGAACAUACCCCAUUUGCAAUACCUUGGGUGGUCUUUUUAUGAAAAUGGUAUGCCAUCAUGUGGGUAAUUCUCAUUCCUGGGCUACCAUACGCUCUCAAAGGCAACAUAACCAAUCUGGCAUAUUUCAAUGUGAAAAAAUGGAAAUGCAAGCCUCAUAUUUGACCGAGUAACUUUCAAAAACACUAUAAAACCUAUUCAUGGUGGGUACUGUUAUAUUCGUGAGACUUCGCUGAACACAAAUAUUAGUGUUUCAAAACAAUAAAACGUAUCACAACAAUAACAUCAGUGAAAGUGCCAUUUGUGUGUGAAAAAGGCAAAAAACUUCACUUCAACUGACAAUAUCAUUGUUGUGAUAUGUUUUACUGUUUUGAAACACUAACAUUUGUAUUCAGCAAAGUUUCCAGAGUAAAACAGUACCCCCCAUGUACAGGUUUUAGGGUGUAUUGGAAAGUUAGAGGGUUAAAAAUAGUGCUAGCAAAUUACAUUUUCUGGACUUUCUGCCUGGGUUAUCAGGCAGGUCCCUCAAAUUGUAAUCAAUAAACUUACUUAAUUAUGUCAAAAUAUUACCUAAAUCUGCACAUAGAAUUUAAAUAUAUAUACAUAUUUAUAUCUUUGAAGUCUACGUGUACAUUUAUGAAAUUAUUUUUGUAAUUAUGUAUAUGGAUAUAUUUAUAUUUUUUUAUCAUUUUUAUUUAUUUGUUUAUAUGUACAUAGAUAUAUAUAAAUUAAUUCUAAGUGUAUUUUGAUAUUAAUAUAUAUACACUGCUCAAAAAAGUAAAGGGAACACUUAAAGAACACAAGUUAACUCCAAGUCAAUCACACUUCUGUGAAAUUAAACUGUCCACUUAGGAAGCAACACUGAGUGACAAUCAAUUUCACACGCUGUUGUGCAAAUGGGAUAGACAACAGGUGGAAAUUAUAGACAAUUAGCAAGACACCCCCAAUAAAGGAGUGGUUCUGCAGGUGGUGAUCACAGAGCACUUCUCAGUUCCUAUGCUUCCUGGCUGAUGUUUUGGUCACUUUUUUGAAUGCUGGCGGUGCUUUCACUCUAGUGGUAGCAUGAGACGGAGUCUACAACCCAUACAAGUGGCUCAGGUAGUGCAGCUCAUCCAGAAUGGCACAUCAAUGCGAGCUGUGGCAAGAAGGUUUGCUGUGUAUGUCAGCGUAGUGUCCAGAGCAUGGAGGCGCUACCAGGAGACAGGCCAGUACAUCAGGAGGCUGUAGGAGGGCAACAACCCAGCAGCAGGACCACUACCUGUGCAAGGAGGAACAGGAGGAGUACUACCAGAGACCUGCAAAAUGACCUCCAGCAGGCCACAAAUGUGCAUGUGUGCUCAAAUGGUCAGAAACAGACUCUAUGAGAGUGGUAUGAGGGCCCAACGUCCACAGGUGGGGGUUGUGCUUACAGUCCAACACUGUGCAGGACGUUUGGCAUUUGCCAGAGAACACCAAGAUUGGCAAAUUCGCCACUGGCGCCCUGUGCUCUUCACAGAUGAAAGCAGGUUCACACUGAGCACAUGUGACAGACGUGACAGAGUCUGGAGACGCCGCGGAGAACGUUCUGCUGCCUGCAACAUCCUCCAGCAUGACCAUUUUGGCAGCGGGUCAGUAAUGGUGUGGGGUCGCAUUUCUUUGGGGGGGCUGCACAGCCCUCCAUGUACUCGCCAAAGGUAGCCUGACUGCCAUUAGGUACCGAGAUGAGAUCCUCGGACCCCCUGUGAGACCAUAUGCUGGUGCGGUUGGCCUUGGGUUCCUCCUAAUGCAAGACAAUGCUAGACCUCAUGUGGCUGGAGUGUGUCAGCAGUUCCUGUAAGACGAAGGCAUUGAUGCUAUGGACUGGUCCGCCCGUUCCCCAGACCUGAAUCCAAUUGAGCACAUCUGGGACAUCAUGUCUCGCUCCAUCCACCAGCGUCACGUUGCACCACAGACUGUCCAGGAGUUGGCAGAUGCUUUAGUCCAGGUCUGGGAGGAGAUCCCUCAGGAGACCAUCCGCCACCUCAUCAGGAGCAUGCACAGGCGUUGUAGGGAGGUCAUACAGGCACGUGGAGGCCACACACACACUACUGAGCCUCAUUUUGACUUGUUUUAAGGACAUUACAUCAAAGUUGGAUCAGCCUGUAGUGUGUUUUUCCACUUUAAUUUUGAGUGUGACUCCAAAUCCAGACCUCCAUGGGUUGAAAAAUUUGAUUUCCAUUUUUUUUAUUUUUGUGUGAUUUUGUCGUCAGCACAUUCAACUAUGUAAAGAACAAAGUAUUUCAGAAGAAUAUUUAAUUCAUUCAGAUCUAGGAUGUGUUAUUUUGUAUUCCCUUGAAUUUUUUGAGCAGUGUAUAUAUAUAUAUAUAUAUAUAUAUAUAUAUAUUUAUUCAUAUCAAAAUACAGUUAGAUUGAAAUCACAUAUAUAUGUAUAAUUAUUUUUAUUUUAUUUUUUAUUUACUUAUUAUUUAUAUUUUAUAAUAUUAAAUAUACUAUAUAUAUAUAUAUAUAUAUAUAUAUAUAUAUAUAUAUAUAUAUAUAUAUAUAUAUAUAUAUAUAUAUAUAUAUACAUAUAUAUAUAUAUAGGUAUUAUAUAUAUUAUAAUAUAUAUAUGCAGCACUGACGUUCAGCAUCUCCACGCUCUGCAUGGAGACGAUGACUGCUCUAUUAGCAUAUGCUAAUUGGUGCAGCGCAGCACAGCGUUUUGCUGCACAUGCGCAAUAGCCUCCCAAUGCUUUCCUAUAGGAAAGCAAUGGAUUGGCUGAGAUCAUCAAGACUGAUGGUCUCAGUCAUGGAGGUGAAGCCAGCAGAGGUGAGAACGGAGUGGCAAACCAGAAAAGGUAAGUUAAAAACCUUUUCACUCCAACACUAAACAGCAAAUUCACCAAAUGCACUGAAUACCGUACAUCAUUUAUCACAGCGAUAAAUUAUAUAUUCAAUGUACAAUGUAUCUAUUAGGCAGUAUGUGUGUAUGGAUGUAGGCAUUAAGCAGUGUGGGUGUAUGGAUGUAAGCAUUAAGCAGUAUGUGUGUAUAAGGUAGACCUAACUGAAAACCAUAUGGCAAAAUUUAGGCCAAAAUAGCUGAUCUAGAAGAAUUCUCCAACUCAGCUACAGUCACAGUCCAGCUGUUUUUGCUUAAAGGACCACUACAGUGCCAGGAAAACAAAUUUGUUUUCCUGGCACUAUACGGUCUUUAGGUCCCCCCCACCCUCAGGGUCCCACUCCCGCCGGGCUGAAGUGGGCUGAGGGGGUUAAACACUUACCUUUCUCCAGCACCACGCUCCCUUGGCGCUGGGGAACUCUCUUCCCUCUCCCAACUAUCGCUUUGAAUGCGCAUGCGCGGCAAGAGCCGCGCGUGCAUUCAAACAGUCCAUAGAAAAGCAUUUUCAAUGCUUUCCUAUGGAGGUCCAGCGUCUUCUCACUGUGAUGUUCACAGUGGCAGAAAUCCUUGCACCAGCCCUGAUCGGGACACAUACUUUCACUUCAUCCAAAUACAGAGGUGUUAAGAUAUAUGUUCUUAUCUCUUUUUAAAGGGAUACUCUAGGCACCAUAACUAUUAGAGCAUUCAGAAUGCAUUCAUACAGUAUGCAGUGGCUCAGAGUGUCAGUUGGAGGCUCCCACUACAUCAAUAUUAUCUAAACCUGGAGUGAUAAAACAGAAGUAUAAACUUUUUUAUUCUUUAUUUUUCUUGUGCAUAAGAUUACAUUUGCGCUUGCAACGCCACAAUAGCGAAUGCGAGCAAUUACAUAGCAUUUCUUGGCAUAGCUAAGGUGUCACACAUUUUAUAUUUUGUUGGCAUAACAAACUAGUAACAUGUAGGUCGAUUAAAGAAAAUAUGUACAAAUGGUAAAGCAGGUUAAUAAUAACAUUGGUAGGAUGACAUAUGUGUGCUUGAAAUUUGAAUAAGACAGUGGCUUUAGAGUAACCAGUUGAUACUUGAAGUGUGGCACGCUAAGCGGUUAAGUUUGCGCAUUUAGUGUAUGUGCCGUAACGUAUAUCCCACUAUGUUUGUAUUGGGCUGUUCCGAUAAUUGGAAGGCUGAGUAAGGUAGUGUAUUGUGCCAUGAUGGGAUGUAUUUUCCUCGUUGUAGCCACGUAGGCGGGUGUGUAGCUUGUGAAGUAUCUUGUUACUGGGUGUGAGAUACGCCCGUCAGUCUACCGUUUGGCGGUAUGUAUCGUCAAGUAUCCGCUUAAGCAGACGGGGGUGGGGGGGUGGGGGAGAGAGGUAAUCGAACGGGUGGGUGGCAGAAGCGUGAGUGUGUUACAUGUGGAUAUCUGGCAUCAUUCGUAUGUGUGGUAAUAAGGAGAGGCUAAGAAAUAUAGCAUUAGGCAAAACAGGCAAAGUAGGCUAAAUAAGCAACCAAAACUACCCUAACAAAAAACAACCGUGGGGUUGUGGUGAGUUACCACUAAAGCCUACGUUUUGCUCUGUAGCCCCUUAUCUCCUUUUGCAUGGAGGUAAUCUGGGCCGCUGUGGUGGCGGAGGUGUCUUCCAGGUUGCCCAGUCUCCCGGUUAUGCCCUGGAGGUCCGCGCGGAGGCCCGCCAUUUCCGCCUGGAGCGUGGUCUGUAGGCCUGCCAGCAGCGACUUGAGCACCGCUGCUGUGACAGGUGCAUUAUCGGGGUCCAGAGGCUUGGUAGUUGGUCGGUGGGCCGGGGGAGUUAUGCGCGUCCUCCCGCUGGGAGAAUUCGUCCGACAGGUCGGAGUAAGUUUCUGGGUAGUCGGCCAUCUUGGGCCCGGUCGCUCUGUGUACCUGCCUCAACAUGGCUCAGAUAUCGAGGCCAAGCCUGAGCUGUUCAGGCUUUUGUUUCUUAUUUUUGCGUACCAUAUCGGCUCCUCUGCUGUGGCUCAGGUUUAUAGCCGUUUUGAUCAGGUUUUUUCAGGUUAGAUUAGGGUAUUUUUAGUUUGAACCGCUGGAGCUGCAGUGCCAUGCGACCUCUCCGCUCUGCAGCUUGGCUCCGCCCCAGAAGUAUAAACUUUCACUUUUUCAGACUAACUCUGAACAGAACUACCUUGGGUACUUAAUACAGCAAGGAAAGUGUGUAAUUGUUCAUAAAUGAUUUGACAAAGUAACCCUGGAUGGUAAAUGUGAAAUCAAAGCAAAAUAAACACUACAGUCCUCUGUAGUGGUUAUGGUGCCUAGAGUGUUCCUUUACUACAUGCAGGGGAUUGAAAAAAAUAGCUGUAGAAUAGAUGGAAGAUUUAUGAAUUUGCUAUUUUUAUCCAAAAUGUGUGAUUUUAUUACAAUUCUCCGCCACUUUCUUUAACACGCCAAAUACAUUCAAAUACCCCUGGCACCUUCUCCUAAUGCACAGACUUCUCUUUGCCUGCUAAUACACUGGCUUCAGGACACAUCCUCUCUGUCAAUAGACAGAUAUAAUGACGUGUUUUGUUUUUUAACGUUUUAUAACUUUAUUUAUGGUUUCACUGGUGCUGAAAGAGUUACAUGUCUUUACCUUUGCCCUCACAGAUUAGGGGGGCAGCAUGAUAUCCACCCCCCUAUCUGUGAAAUGAGAAGGACAGAUUAAGACUUGAUCCGUAUUUUGCCAAGAGAUUAUGCCCCCAGCAGGAAAUUAAACCUGCUUUGACAGAGAGUGGUCUGUACACCCACCUCAUUCACACAGUCCAGGCUCUCCAGGACAAACCACGAACCUCUCUGGGAGACAGUGCUAUAACAAGCCAGAGUGCCCCAUUCUGCUCCAUCAUAUUAUUCAGAAACAUCUCUGGAUAUCAGGUAAUUCUCACAAAAAUCCUCUGCACGGCUUCUGUAUAAUCUUGGGAUUCCUCAUUUGUCUUGUGGAUUAUCACGUCACAAGUAUGACACCGGCUGCUAGCACCAGCACAGUGUAUUAGCCCAAUAUUCUUUCUCAUGAAAUGCUGUUAUUUUUUUAGAUAUGUACUGCAGUUUUUGUACAUGUAGGCAUUAAGGUAUAACUAUUCUUGCAAUCAUUAUAUUGAUCAUAACUCAUACAUAACAUUGUUUGACAGCUGCUGCAUAUAAUUUGCGGGUUAAUGUUUUAAACCUUUAAAGAGCAAAUUACAAACAGGGCAAUUUACCAAAGUGAGAAUUCAAAGGUGAAGGUCAAAAUAACUGCACUAGAAAUAUUCUAAGUCAGCUAUGCUUUCAGUCCAGCUGCUCGUGCUUUACAUUUCAAAUUCACUUUGAAAUCUCACUUUAGUGAACAACCCUUUAAAUGCUGAAUGGUAACACAUGAUCUGUACUGUGGUUGCACCUCUUUACACAUUUUGCAUUUAUUUAUUCAAUUUAUUUUUGCAACGCAAUGCGUAAACAAACAUUCUAUCUGUCUGACCCAAUCUAGUUGGAGUACACAGGACAUUACAAUAUAGUAAGAAUUGUCUGAUGUGAUAUCUGAUUAACGUUUAAAUACAUAACCAUUUCCUUGUGCAUCUAAGUGUAGAGACCUAUUUUGUUUAAUAGUUCUCUGAAAGCACUGCAUACAGGCCUUUUUACUUAUACACCCACUCCCCAAAACAGAACUAUAACAUGCAUUAUCAUAACAAGUGUUUAUUAAUUUAUUAUUAUCUCACUAUAGGCACCCAGACCACUUCAGCUUAAUGAAGUGGUCUUGGUGCCAGGUCCAUCUAGGGUUAACCCUUUUUUCUAUAAACAUAGCAGUUUCAGAGAAACUGUUAUGUUUAUGUUAGGGUUAAUCCAGCCUUUAGUGGCUGUCUCAUUGACAGCCACUAGAGGCGCUUCAGCGUUUUUCACUGUUAAAAUCACAGUGAGAUGACGCCAGCGUCCAUAGGAAAGCAUUGUGCCGCGCAUGCGCAUUCAGCCGAAGAGGAGGAGAGGAGGAGGAGAGCUCCCCGUCCGGCGCUGGAGAAAGAGGUAAGUUUAACCCCUUCCUCUCCAUCCAGCCCGGCGAGAGGGGAACCCUGAGGGUGGGGGCACCCUCAGGGCACUAUAGUGCCAGGAAAAAGAGUAUGUUUUCCUGGCACUAUAGUGGUCCUUUAAUGCCCAUGCUCGUAAUUGCAACCAAGUCCCCUUGAUAUAACUAGGAUUAAUUGUAACCUCCUUUAGGUUUCGACAGAUUAAAAGCAAAAAAAAUUUCAACUAACUCUAUCAAUAUCAAUCUGCUAUCCUUCAUCUUCUACUUUCCUAACACUCAGUGUCCCAGAUGUACGUCCUAGGUAUCAAUAGAUAGAAUACUUUGAUAAACACCAUUCCUCCACACAACAUAAAAUGUCACUGAAAGGUAGGGAUGCACCGGAAUUUCGGCUGACAACAUUUUUAGCCGAAAAUGGGCCUAUCCCAUGUCGGCCGAAAACGGAUAAAAUGUAAAAAAAAAAUUAUGUUUUUUUGAUCUUUUUUAUUUUUGUAGUGCAUAGUUUAACAGGUAUGCUUGCAUUGACAAUUCAGAUGAUUAUAUAUCACAAUCAUUGAUGGUAAUGAUAACAUAGAAAGUCAAGAAUACAGCACUAUGGUGCAGGGGGGGAGAACACUAUGGGACAGGGGAGGGGGGGGAAAGAGAACACUAUGGGACAGGAGAGGGGAAAAGAACACUAUGGGACAGGGAGGGGAGAAAUGAACACUAUGGAAUAGGGAGGGGAUGGGACAGGAAGGGGAGGGGAGAAAGGAACACCACUGGGAGGGGAGGAAAGAACACUGGGACAGGGGAGGGGGAAAGAACACUAUGGGACAGGGGAGGGAGGGGGGAAGGGGACACUAUGGGACAGGGGAGAACACUAUGGGACAGGGAGGGGGAAAGAACACUAUGGGACACACUGGGACAGGGGAGGGAGGAGAAAAGCACCAUGGGACAGGGAGGGAGGGGGAGAGAACACCACGACAGGUGAACAGGGGGGAAAGAACACUAUGUAACAGGGGAGGGGGGAAGCACACUAUGGGGCAGGGGAGAGUGGAGAGGGAAGAAAGUAACACUUUGGGACAGGGGAGGGAAGAAAGAACACUAUGGGACAGGGGAGGGGAGAAAGAACACUAUGGGACAGGGGAGGGGGAAAGAACACUAUGGGACAGGGGAGAGUGGAGAAAAGAACACUAGGGGACAUGGUAGGGGGUAGAAAAGAACACGAUGGGAUAGAGGAGGGGGGAGGAAAGAACACUAUGGGAUGGGGGGGAAGAACACUAUGGGACUGGGGAGAAGGGGGAAAGAACACUAAAAAAGAGGUAGGAGAGAGGAACAUUAAGGGAGGGAACUAAGGUACAGGGAAGGGAAAAGGAACACUGGGGUAGGGGGCACUAAAAAAGAAGGGAGAAGGGAAAUUUUUCAUAUUAGAUUCAUUAAAUCCAUUAAAAAGUCUAAUAUUAAUAAAAAAUUAUAGAAAAAAAACUAUUUUAAAAUCAUUUGGGGAAAAAAGUAAUUUUUGGUUUCGGUUUUCGGACAAGGGCAUCCUGAAUUUUCGGUUUCGCCCCAGAAUUUUCAUUUCGGUGCAUCCUAAUGAAAGGCUUUUCAGAUAGGGCAUAGGUAGCAAACACAAUGUAUGGGAAAAUGUUUGUAAACGUAAUCAGACUGUCACUCAUUACUUACAAAAACUGGCACACAAGGAAAAAUGAGCCCCGGUCACACAUCAUUUUUCUAAUUGUAACUUUAAAUGGACUGUGUCACAUAUAACAUGGCAAAAUAAAGUCUGUAAAUUCAUAAACAAUUCAAUUUACAUUGUGCUAGCUGAAUGGCAAACUGCAGCCUCUUCUCUAAUUAUACACAUCCCUCUCAGAUGGCCUUGCUUUUCCGAGAGUCUUUUAGACACUGAUCCUUUUCACAGGACACAGCUUCAUUGUUGUGGGAGUCUAGGUAAAUUUGGCCAUAUCAAAUUGGUAGCCAACGAUCAGACGUGGUCUAUUUGACGCAGUCAGAUACUAUUUAAACAGAGAACCAUUCAUACAGACUGUCUUAUUGUGGUUCUAUUAUGUGACUGUCUAUCUCUAUAAUGUCUAUAUUAUUAUUAUAUUUGUGUAUUAACCCAGCUCUGAUUUUUGGUACCCCCAACUUUGGUUUAAUUUCUCCAUUGCCAUGUCCUUGAUCUUGGUUUGUUACUGUCCAUUCUACCUAUUCUACAUUUCACCUACCUUUAUUACUGUUAUUAGCAUUGAUGUAGCGCCAAAACAUUCCACAGCGCUUUACAAUUAUAAAAAUAGGGAUGUUUGACAACACGAAAUUGACAUUCAAAAUAUUACCAGAGACAAGUGGUGAAGAAGGCCCUGUUUAAGCAAGCUUACAAUCUAUGAGGAAAAGGUGAAGACACACAUGAGAAAUAACAGCAUGUUAGAGAGGAGGAAUUAUUGAUAGAUAAGAUUCAUGUGUCAAAAUAAACUAGUAUAAGUAGGGUGUGAAACAAUCGAACAGUGUAGAGAGAGUAAAAGUGAGCUGGGCUAUGGAGGUGAGGGAACUGAAUAGACAAUUGUAAUGAAAGAAGCAUCACCCGGGAAGAUAGUAGGCUAUCCUAUAGAGGUAUGCAAUGGUUCUACGAUUGGUAGCAAGUUGCUAUAAUAAAGUUGAGAAAUGAUCAGUACAUGAUCUAAUGACUUAGGUGAAGGUAGGCAAUAUUUUUAAGUUACAGGAUUUGGAGACAGCUUGGGGAGAAAAGGUGAGCUUAUAGAUAGUAUGAAAAAAAAAAAAGGAGAUCCAUAGGUUACAGAGAAAGGUAGUGUAAAUGGAGAAUAACAGAAGACCAACAACAGAGGCUUGAGUAACACCAAGACAAGCAGCGAUGAGGUGGUGACACCAGAGAAGAAUGCACUAAAUGAUCAUUCAGAAGGAAAAUAUGAAAACCAGGAAAGCAUGGUGUCACAGAGUAAACGUUGUGGAGGGUUUGAAGAAGAGAGAGAACAGUAUCAAAGGCAGCAUAGAGGUCAAGAAGAAUUAAGAUAAAGUAAUACCCUUUAGAUUUAGCAGUGAUUAAGUCACUUUGGUAAGGGCAGUUUCAGUAGAAUAGAGGGAGCUCAAGCUAGAUUGAAGAGGGCCAAUAAGGGAGUUAGUAUGGAGUCAGUAUCAUGACAUUACACGCAACUAUCUCAAGGACAAAUAAUAUGUUACUAUCCUGUAUUUUGUAUUUCUCUACUAUCGUGUUGGGUGUCACUUGUGCCAUGACUAUAAGAAAUAUACAGCUUCCACUCCAUAAUAAAAAUAAUUAUUUGAUGUCUGGUUCUUUCCUAACCACAAGUUGUUUCAGGGAGGUCCCACACUCUCCUGCCUCUCCCUUAGCCUCAUUCCUGAUAUAUACUGUAUUUUCUUUAUUUUAGAACAGACUAGUGAGUUUGUUAUAAAUGUUCUGGCUAUAAAGUAUGUGUAGGUUAACAAAGAUUUCUAUAAGCCAAGCUACAACAGGUGGGUCCAGAUUUAGGUACUGAUGAGCCCCAUGUUUUGUCAAGCCUUAAAACAGUGGUUCCCAAACCAGUCCUCAUGGUCCAUCAACAAUCUAGGAUUUAUGUAUUCUCUUGUUUUAUUUCAAUGGAUACUUACAAAACGUGGGCUGUUGCUGGGUUGUGAGGACUGGUUUGUGAACCACUGGUCUAGAAAUUAUUUGGCACCAUAAGCACUAUAAUACGCUAUUUUGGUUCUGAAGCUUAGAUAGUCCUCAAAUUGUAAAUACACCUAGUAGUGAAUGCUUUUUAUAUGUAGUCAGUAUUCCAAACCUUGAGUAGAACGUAUAAAUUUUCUACAACAUAGCUUUAUAUCUGAAUAACCAGCAUGUGGCAUUCAACCUUUUCACCUUCCUGUCGUCAGUACUUUUGUACAUUCAGUAAGCUCAGUUGUCCAAAGUUCAGUGAGUUUAAAAUCAAACUACAAAACUUAGGCCAAAAUAGCCAAUUUGGAAACAUUCUCCAACUUGGCUAUAGUCACAGUUCUGGCACUUUAGCCUGAGUUUUUCAGCUCUCAACAAUGUUCUGCUUAGUGACUAACUAGUGAUUUGAAGCUUCAAAAUUUCCUGCACUGUAUGAGUGCCCUGAAAUUUACACGCUGCAGUCUGUCGCUAGCAUGGUACACAGAACAGACAUUAGCCAGCCCGAAACUCAUUACGAGCUAGCUAAUAUCACCCCAAUGAUGAUUCUGGAGCUGCAGUUAAACCUCUGGCAGCAGAGGGGUUAGACGUUCUAUAUGCAGCAUUUCAUAGUGAAACGCUGCACAUACAGAUUCCAGGCACCAUGACCAGUUUUAAUCACUGAAGUGGCCAUCGUGCUUGGAAUAAGCCUUUAAUUGUACACUAACAACAAACCAAGGGAGGCAAUCUUCUGCCCCUCAUAAGCAUUCUAAAAAUCUGUCACCAGAUGUUUUUAUUUUUGUUUUUCUAUUUCAGCAUCAAGCCAGGUUAUGAGUUCCCCUCCAAAAGUUAGAAACAUGCCAUUGAUAGAACUAUCCGGCAUCAUGUUUCAUUCAAAACGUUGUGGCUUACAAAAUAUGUUUGCAGCAACACUAAGGAUUGUAAUUUAUUUAGCUUGAAUUUUGCGUCAAUUCAUUUUGAAUAAACUCCUUUACUUGACAUGGAUAAAGCAGAGCUUCUAAGUUACAUGAAAUCUUAUAACAAGUGGAGGGGUUUAAUAUAAAAUAAGCAUUCCUCAUAUAUCUACAGUCCUUAACUGUUAAAAACCAAUCACAAUCAAACACAUCAUCACCAAUUUGAAUCUACAACAUUCCACUCAUUUAGCACCAUCUGGACUUCGCAGAGCUAAUCAUUCUAAAUUAACAAGAUCAUUAAAAGGUCAUUAAGGACCAGUUUGUUGUAAUGACAUUGAAAGUCACGGGUUAAAUAAACAAUCUUACAAGAUGCACACUUACAGUCAGGCAGUAAGAAUAUAGUGUUGUAGCAGAGCUAUUACAUGACUGCUCAGAUAGUGACAGAGGGACAGUGGAAAAAACUGUCUAUGGAACAAUUUGAUCCCCAAAAAAUAAAAAAUCUUUCAAAGGAAUGUUGGGAAUUGCAAGGGGUUAAAGUCUAAAAUAUGUUCUUUAUAUAUCUUUACAUAAUAUAUACAAAAAAAAAAAAAGCAAAAAUAUAAACUGACUGCUUCUCAUGAAUUGUAAAGUAUAUCAUUACAAUGUGAGCAAGUGCAGUCUGUGUUGUGCAUGUUUAUCUCUUGGCUUAUCUAACCAUAGAUUUUUAUACACAAACACAAGUAACUGAACUAGCACAUUUGGACAUGUAAAGUCAUAUAUACUUGAUUCUGUGUUAAAGUUGCAUGUCAAUCACAAACACCCAGCACAUGAAUUUGUUUGCCUGAGCAAGGCCUGCGUGCAUGAGGACAUUAAUUAAAUUGGUUUCAUUGAGCUACGCCUGUAGGUUUCUGUGUUAUGUAGGUCACCCCUGCCCUCAUGAGAUGUAUUGAGCUAUGGGCUGGGGCAGCAAGACCUGCAGCAUAUGAGAACAAGGGUAAAGGCUUUCUACUAUCUCAAACCCCCCAAGCCAACAAAAGGUCCUACAGUGACCCCGCGUCAGCUGCUUCUUGUCUAGUGAUGUAACUGGCACAAUAUGAAUAGUGAGAAGUAUCAUCUGCAGACAGAGCCUGAAAGAGGCUUGAAAAUUCAUGCACGUCUCCCAGGAGACACUGGAACAGAUAAAGAGAGGGGGUAUAGCUCAAAUCUGCAGCUGGAAAUAAGUCGGUUAAAGUGGGAUUUAAAAAGCAGUGGUACUGUCCAAGUUUUCUGGAAAACAACCAACGGAUUACAGUAAUCCCUUUCCGUAUGAGAGGGUAGCACUGGGGAGAUGGCGUCAACUUCAUCAACUUUUAAUGCAAACAUUAUGUUUAUAAACUACUGGACUGUCCGAGGGAUAACUACUGCCUUGAUUAGCAAUAGGACAAACACCCAGACGACAUACAUUUUAAAAUAUAUGAGAAUUAAGUAUAUACAUAUUAGCAUAGAAUCUCUAUGAAGCGAACACCACACACUUAGAAAUGAUUUUACUCUCCUAAGCAAAGUGCCUUCUUACCCAUAAUCCUUAGCACCCCCAGAUCAUAGGGCUUGCUAUGUUAAGCUAUGUGAAGAUCAGCACAUGGUGGCGUCACUGCAUCAUAAUCCGACGGAUCACAAUCAAUGCAUCAUUAGGAGUAUUAGCUUCCGUUUUAAGAAUGUUAAUUUUGUAUCCUGCUAAUAUUCAAAUUAGGCUAUUGUCAUUCUGUACAAAGUUUGCUAAUAGGCAUGUUGUAAAUCUUCCAAUAAUCAAACACAUUGUAAAAUGCUAUACGUUAUGUGCAACAAUUGCUACUUUAUAUGCAACAAGUGCAGCAUUCUACUAACUUGACUUUAGAUGCUUCUAUUAUCACCCAGAAUGUCUAUCUCCCCUAAAUGUCCAAAUUCUGAGCAUAGUAUGGAGCAUAAUAUAUAUGAGGACUUUGUAAGAAAUGCAAGAGAAGAGAUAUCAAUGCAAACAGUAUGGUUAAGGGUAAAGGGUACUUAUCAAUAAUUUCCCAAUCUUACGUGUGCACUGUUAUCAGCUAAACAUUUACAUCCCAUGUAUAGGUUGCUGAUAGUGAUGAAUAUGAGUAAUUUGCCAAUGAUUUCUAGCUAUAUAAUUGUGACCCUGUAAUUAUUAGUGUAUCAAAGGGAAUUUUGCUGUUUUUUAGACUUCAUUCCGAGGUAUCAUACCUUUUGCUUAGAAAUAACUUUUCAUAUUUUAUGAAGAUUUGGCAUUUGCAAACUACAAUAAAGGCACAAAUGGUGCAAGUAAGUGUGUUGCCCAUGAGGUGUUUGAAAUUUCUUAGCCAAUUCUGAUCCUAUUAAAGAUAUCUAUUGGAGUGCUGUAUAUUACCCACCAACAUCCAUCCACUAUGCCUCCUGACAUCCACUUAUGGCAGUUUUAAUUACACUUUGUCGCAAAAGGAGAUUUGUUCUUAAAUACAUUUGUUAAUCUCUGUGUAGGCAUUCCAUCACUUCCAUUACAAAAGAAUAUAUAAAUGGUACACUAUAUCUAAUUAAAUAAGACAUGGCAAUUAUAAUGCAUUCCAGAAAAAAAAACAAAAAAAAAAACCACAAAAUGAAAAUAUAGCCUCCAGCAAUGCAGGUGGCCAAUUCCGAUUAUCUGAAUAUAGCACAUAUAGCACUCUUUCUCCAGCGCCGGGCGGGGAGCUCUCCUCCUCCUCUCCUCCUCUUCGGCUGAAUGCGCAUGCGUGGCAGGACCUGCGCGCGCAUUCAGCCAGUCUCAUAGGAAAGCAUUCUCAAUGCUUUCCUAUGGACGCUUGCAUCUUCUCACUGAGAAAAUCACAGUGAGUAGCACGCAAGCGCCUCUAGCGGCUGUCAAUGAGACAGCCACUAGAGGCUGGAUUAACCCAUUUAUAAACAUAGCAGUUUCUCUGAAACUGCUAUGUUUAUAGAAAAAAGGGUUGAUCCUAACUGGACCUGGCACCCAGACCACUUCAUUAAGCUGCUAGAUGAGAGGAAGUGGGGACUGUAAAGGCAGGAGUAGCGCUAUCAGAGGGGGCCACCAGGUCUCUGUAAGUGCAAGCAGUGUGAGUGAGUUUGAGAUGAAAAAGUCGUGUAUGGUUGAUUUUAAAUUACUGCAGAUGGAGCGGGCAUUCCAGAGUGGGGUUUCUGGUUGUCUUAGUGUGUGUAGAGAAGGUGAAGGGCCCUGGAUUGGGAGAGACAUCACCAGCUGCUAGAAGUAGAAGGAGAGAAAGUGACAGGAGGUGUGAAUGGGUUUUGUAUGCAUGGGGUCUAGGAUGAGAUCAAUUGUGGGUUGGAGUGAGAGAGUAGAAAAAUGAGUGUAAGGCAUGAGAUGAGAGAAGGGGGGAGUGUAGCAAAGAAGGGCAUUUGUAAAUGUGGAUGGGGGGGAUGAGUGAAGUGAGUGUAAGGAGAGAUUUUUAUACUGAGGGAGACUGAGGAAAUAAAGAGGAGGAGAAAAUAGAUCAUCGCUAAACUGUGAAAAAUAGAAAUUGGAGAUAAUUGGAAUAUCAAGAGCAGGUGAAGGUGUUUUAUGGGUUAAGAAAGUGCAGGAGUGUACUAAUAAGAGGCAGUUUUUUUAACCUAACUAAAAUGUAGGUGUGACAGACAAUCUAUAAAUGUAAUAUGCUGACUGAAGGAAUGGGCUUGCAAAGUUGGGGAAUCAGGCUGUUGAAUAAAGAGAUGUGAGGGUCAGAGAGCUUGCAAUAAAGGUAGGGGAGGGGGAAAUGUAUCCAGGUACAGAGAUGAUAUUCAUCUACUGUUCCAGUUUGACAAACAUUUUUGUUAGAGCUACAAGUUGACCUUGUUUACAUAUUGUACAGAUCUGCGGAAUAUGUUGGCUCUAUAUAAUUAAUUGUAAUGCAGUUACAUUAUAGCACCACUACCACGUUUACAGAAAAAUCCUAGAAUAAAUCCUAUAAAAUCAAUUAAUUCAGGUUGUGCAUAAAAUAAAUAAAUAAAAACGUUAACUAAACACCGCACUUUCCUUUUUACGCAAAACAGACUUAAAGAAUUAAAAUAGUGAUCUGACAAUCAUAAAAUGAACUCAAAUACAGAUAAACCUCUGUUCACUGACAAAACAUACAGAACUGAAUUACACAGCGCAACACUCAAAGUACAAACAGUAAGUCAAAAUCAAUUGAUGAAAUUAAAUUAAUCAUUUAACUUCCUUUAUACACUUCAUCUAAAGCGGCAUCUAACCCUCUCAGGGGCCAUCAUGAAAAGUCAGUGGAAGAAGCCCACGGCAAAUUAAAAAUGAAAACAAAUAAACUAUGGACAACAGAUACCUCUUCCUGCUCCUUCCCUUUACUUUCCAUUUUUCUUCCUUUAGUCCUCCUUUAAAAAAUGUGUUGGAUUGGAAUAGAAAGGAGAAGUUGUUGCCCUGGGGUUCACUGUAAAGAGCUACGAUGCAUACCGAUAAUGUUUACUGUUCCAAAUGUACAUUGAACAUAUGUCUCAGAGUUCUGUCAACAGUAUGUGUUUGUAGUCAACUGGUUGAUGCCUCUUCACACUCUAAGCAUCAUAACCCCAUUAAAUGGUACAGAGUCAAAAUGUUUUAGAAUAGUUUGAAACUAACCUGGAUUACCCAGGAGCUUGUGGACCUUUUGUUCUUCUGUGAUAUCAUUCCACUUUACAUAUAUCAGUUUUAUGCCAAUCAGGAUUUAAUCCACUGGCUGAGAGCAUCAGAUGACAAGUUUAGCCCGUAAGACUUGUCCACAGUCAGACAAACAUUGUUCUUAGUGAUAACAUACAAAGGUGCAGGGACCAUAGGUACCAGUUCAACAACAGUUUGACUCAUUAUAAUGGUAUGGUUCUAGGGGACUCCUGGCAACACAUAAAACAUACAUUUAACCCAGCGGUUCCCAAACUGUGACAGGCACACAGGGGUGCCGCGGAAUGUUUCAGUAACGUCGGCCGGCUGGGAGGAAGUGACAUGAGUGUGUAUGAGUGUGUGUCAGGGUGUGCAUCUGUGUUUGUGUGUAUAUAUGUCAGUGUGCUUCUGUGUCAGUGUGUGUCUGUGUGUUCACACAUCUGUGUGUCAGGAUAUGCAUCUGUGAAUGUGCAUCUGUGUGUCAUUGUGUGUGUGUUUUAUGUCAGUGUAUGUAUCUGUAUCAUGGUGUAUGCACGUAUCAAUGUUUGUGUGUGUCAGGGUGCGUGUAUAUAUGUUGGUGUAUGCGUGUGUUAAGGUAUGUGUCAAUGUGUAUAUAUGUGUGUGUAUGAGUCGGUGUGUAUCUAUGUGUGUGUAUGUGUCAGUGUCUAUAUGAAUUUCUGUUUAUGUAUACCUGUGUAAGUAUGUAUGUAUGUGGUAGUGUAUGUGCAUACAUCCAAAUAGUCAUACACCAGCACAACAAACAAACACACUACUGCAAUCUAACACAAAUAUUAAAUACAAACAUACCCCUGCAUUCAAACUUCAAAAUGAUAUACAAACACAACCCUUCACUUAAACACAAAUACUUCACACAAAUGUACACUCACAUUUAAAAGCGAACAUAACAUACAAACACACCCCUAUAUUAAGACACAAAUACUUUUUACAAGUACCUCUUCAAACACCAACACUGUACAUUACACUAGAGCGCCAGUAAAUGCCACAGCUCUGUACAGAUAUACAGCCUAGAAAUUUUGACUUGCGGUGCCUUGGAAAAAUAUUGAAAUAUUAAAGGUGCCUUGAACCUAAAAAUUUUGGGAACCACUAAUUUACCCUAUUGAACCGCACACCAUGACAUUGAUAUUUAUUUGUAGUAUAUUUUAAAAGAUCAGGUUUUUUUUUUUUAAUUCAGUAGAUCGGCUCUAUCAUAUGCCUGCACACAAAAUGUCACUUCCUCGCUGUCUCUGCCUCAUGUUAUCCCAAAGAGAGAGAGAGAGAUAAAUGGAUGGGGGGGAUGAGUGAAGUGAGUGUAAGGAGAGAUUUUUAUACUGAGGGAGACUGAGGAAAUAAAGAGGAGGAGAAAACAGAUCAUCGCUAAACUGUGAAAAAUAGAAAUUGGAGAUAAUUGGAAUAUCAAGAGCAGGUGAAGGUGUUUUAUGGGUUAAGAAAGUGCAGGAGUGUACUAAUAAGAGGCAGUUUUUUUUAACCUAACUAAAAUGUAGGUGUGACAGACAAUCUAUAAAUGUAAUAAUGAGCAUGGGGUGGGAUAGUGUGGGGAGGGGAGGGUGGGCAUCAGGCUUGCUCACUGAAGGAAUGGGCUUGUUUACCUAUUGUACAGAUCUGCGGAAUAUGGUGGCUCUAUAUAAUUAAUUGUAAUGCAGUUACAUUAUAGCACCACUACCACGUUUACAGAAAAAUCCUAGAAUAAAUACUAUAAAAUCAAUUAAUUCAGGUUGUGCAUAAAAUAAAUAAAUAAAAACGUUAACUAAACACUGCACUUUCCUUUUUACGCAAAACAGACUUAAAGAAUUAAAAUAGUGAUCUGACAAUCAUAAAAUGAACUCAAAUACAGACAAACCUCUGUUCACUGACAAAACAUACAGAACUGAAUUACACAGCGCAACACUCAAAGUACAAACAGUAAGUCAAAAUCAAUUGAUGAAAUUAAAUUAAUCAUUUAACUUCCUUUAUACACUUCAUCUAAAGCGGCAUCUAACCCUCUCAGGGGCCAUCAUGAAAAGUCAGUGGAAGAAGCCCACGGCAAAUUAAAAAUGAAAACAAAUAAACUAUGGACAACAGAUACCUCUUCCUGCUCCUUCUCUUUACUUUCCAUUUUUCUUCCUUUAGUCCUCCUUUAAAAAAUGUGUUGGAUUGGAAUAGAAAGGAGAAGUUGUUGCCCUGGGGUUCACUGUAAAGAGCUACGAUGCAUACCGAUAAUGUUUACUGUUCCAAAUGUACAUUGAACAUAUGUCUCAGAGUUCUGCAUAUAUGAGUACCCAAUGGAUUUUCUAGGUAAUUCAGCACAUAACCACAGUAACUGUAUACCUAGAUAGAAAGAUCUUGGUACCAACAUCGACAAAACAGAGUUGGGAAAAAAAAGUAUGUCUCUAAAGCCUUGUAUUUUGGCAUGGUCAGGAGUAGAUGCUAUCUGCAACGUGCCACUUUAAGCAGCUAUUUAAACCAACUCUAAGGGCCUCUAAUUCAUCCUGGAUUACAUCCCUGAGCUAGAUGGAUAAUCAAGUCCGGGAAACAUUAAGCAUAUUUUAUAAAGUGUGUUCCCGCAAUGUGCAAUGGAAAGAUAGGUAUAAAUCUUAUAUGUUUAUAGCAGGCACUGGGUACAGUAUCUUCCCCACUCUGUGAUACAAAAUCAGCAGCAGUACCACUAUUCUAUGAAGCUAUCAUUUAAUGUUUCACCGUGUAUCGGAUAACUAUAUAGUGGACGAAGCCAUCAUUUCUAUUUUUCUUAUCACACAGUCCCAGCAACAGAAUAUCAUUAAAAUUAAAUUAGAAUUUUUAUCCACUGUUGACUUGGAUUUCACAAAUACUGCUAAUACUAAUAAAUAAUACUGCUACAUGUGGUUUAUAUGGGUGCCAGGAUUGAAGGAUUGAAAUUUACUAAAGUCUUUUGGAUGCUUCAACUGUUAUUGUCCUCUACCCAAUACGUCUUGAAUGCCACAGGGUUGGCUGUGCUCACUUAUUUCUCUAAUGCCUUAAGGAAUAGACUUUAAUGACAUCCGAUCGUUCCUUUAGGCCUUAGACCAGCAUAUAAUAUUCUUUUUUUAGGUCUGCCAGCUCUUCAAAGCUCAGAUAUCUCAAAAUACCAUUUCAGAAUAAGAUCCUUAAAAAACAAGAAUGGUACUUUUUACAGUGCCAAGCAUUAUAAUUAGACAUUAUAUAAACAUGCUGGUAUCAAAUUCUAAAUGACUUUAUGACAAAUAUUAUUACGUGUUCUACUGUGAUGCCAGAAUUGGACAAGUUUAGCAUCCUUCCAUCAAAACAUGCCUACUGCACUUGUCAGCAGGACAAUGAUCAACCAUUACCUCACCCUUGUUAUCUCAAAAGAACCCCAUUUAUCUGUGAAAUAUGCCAUUUAUUCUCCUAAAAUCACCCCAAGUUUGUGGACUAAAUGUCAUCUAGCCAUUGGGAGAGAUGGGCAUUAUCUAUCUGGCCACUUGCCUUCUGAUACUAUUUGGCCAAAAUGACAUAUUUAGACAAGGUGAUUUUUAGCUGCUUUUUAAAAAAAAUAUAUAUUUUAUGUCCCAAAAUAUGUGAUCAUCAUUACUAUAUAGCAGUUUUUAUAAACGCCAUGGUUGUUGAUGUAUUUUUCUCUCUGUAAAUCUGUAUAUGAAAUCAGCAGGUUAAUCAAUCAUGGUUUAUGAGUGAGUGCUGUAUACCUGUGAUUUGAUAUCAACAACUUUUACUCCCAUUACAUUUACAAGCAUUAUUGGAAAGGUAGUUCCAAAACACGCACAAUGCUAAUCUUUGCCAUCACAGAUAUAAAUAAUAUAUAUUAGUGUUUGAAGACUUUAUAUUUUAUAUAGCACCAACAAAUUCUGCAAAACAAUGUAAUGUUACAUAAUAUAUUUAGAGAGGAAAGAGGUGCUGCACAGGCAGACAAUUGGGACACAGCACGAAACAAUAAGGUAUCUAGAAUACUUAUUGAAUUUCUUUCCACGUUUGCAUUAUUUCUAGAAAGCAGCUGUUUGGCAAGAUGCCUGACUGUCUAGUAGAGGAGGUGGGAUGGGCAACAAGUUGCAGGCAGGUGGAUACACGCGAGUAUCUCUUAUUACAGGACCCUGCAGACUAACAGCCUUGUCUCUUUGCUCUCCCAGGGCUGGCUGCCUCCUGUGUUUCGUCUGAGCUGUAUUCCACACAGAGUGACCCAUGUAAAGUGAUCCACUCCAGGGCACAGUGUGAGUGAGGGCAGGAUGCGUGCGUUACGAAAACGUUUUCCCCACAGAUGGGCACACGGAAUGUGUAAGUAAUUGCAUUUCCAAGCCCUAUGGGCUUCAUGCGUAACACAGAAUUGUCCAUUGGAUUUUCCAGGCACAGAAAAUGUUAAUUUUUAGUAAUUUAGGUAAAAUGAACUUUUUAUUAAUGGAAUUUAACGAGCAGAUAGAAUAAAUAAGAUGUUUUCAGUUUCUGAGUGCACUGGAUUGUAAAAUAUAGUUAAACUGUACAAUAAGGGGUUUAUCAACUAAAGCCAUAGUUUAAGCCAUGACUUAUAAUUCUUCCAAACAACUUGCAAAAUGUUGGCCAAAAUGACAAAUUCAGAUGUAUUAUUCACACAAUGUAUUAAUAAAGUGUCAACAAUUUCUGGGACUAACCAUUACCUUUUCAUGGCAGAUGAUGUGAUUGGACUGUCAUGAAAUAACAGGGUUUCCCUAACUCCUUUACUUGAAGUAACACAGAAACCAACUGAAACCUGCUUUUGAAAGGUUACCCACAAACCAACAAAAUGUGUGUGUGUGUGGGGGGGGGGGAGGGGGGGGGUAAGAUGAGUUAUGUGUGGAUAGAAUUUAAAGGGACACUAUAGUCACUAAACCAACUUUAGCUUAAAGGACCACUAUAGUGCCAGGAAAACAUACUCGUUUUCCUGGCACUAUAGUGCCCUGAGGUUGCCCCCACCCUCAGGGUCCCCCUCCCUCCCGGCUCUGGAAGGGGGAAAGGGGUUUAAACUUACCUUUUUCGAGUGCUGGGCGGAGAGCUCUCCUCCUUCUCUCCUCCUCCGUUCCGCCCUGUCGGCUGAAUGCGCACGCGCGGCAAGAGCUGCGCGCGCAUUCAGCCGGUCUCAUAGGAAAGCAUUUACAAUGCUUUCCUAUGGACGCUUGCGUGCUCUCACUGUGAAAAUCACAGUGAGAAGCACGCAAGCGCCUCUAGUGGCUGUCAAUGAGACGGCCACUAGAGGAUUAGGGGGAAGGCUUAACCCAUUCAUAAACAUAGCAGUUUCUCUGAAACUGCUAUGUUUAUAAAAAAAUGGGUUAACCCUAGAAGGACCUGGCACCCAGACCACUUCAUUAAGCUGAAGUGGUCUGGGUGCCUAGAGUGGUCCUUUAAUGAAGCAGUUUUGGUGAAUAUAUCAUAGCAUUCUCACUGCUCAAUUCUCUGCCAUUUAAUAGUUACAUUUUUAUACAGCCCUAGUCACACCUCCUCUAAAGAGACAUCGAGACAUCUAAUGUUUAACUUCCUGAAUACCACAGUCUGUUUAAUUUAGAAUGUUUUAUCUACCGCACUGUUAAUAGCUUGCUAGACCCUGAAGUAGCCUCUUGUGUGUGACUAAAAUUAAAUUUACAGAGCAGGAGAUAAAAACGUGUAAAACAAGUUAACAUCUGAUUGAAAACAAAACCAUUUUCUUUCAUGCAGGCCGUUUCAGUUACAGCUAGGGGGUCAUGAUCUGUACACCAAAACUAACUAGACUAACUAAAAAUUAAGCUACAGUUGUUUUGGUGACUAUAGUGUCCCUUUAGGUAAGAUGUAUGGCAAGUGUCCAAAUAUUCAAAUAGUCAAGUCACGCUACUGUAGAAGUGAAAAAAGAUUGCUAGGUGCAUAAUACAUAUAAUCCAAAGCCAUAUAUAGGGCUGUAUAGUGAUACUUUAUACUGCAUUCCAGAAGUAGAGAAACAAAGUAGUAAGAUUCAAGUUUUUUUUCCUUUUUUUUCAAAACACCCACAGCAACACAGCACAGCUAUCACAAUAAUAAUGUUAUAAAAAAUGCGGAAAGGUGACAAAAUAUUGUCAUGAAAGAACUCCUACUGUUGCUGGAUAUUACCAUGGUUGUAAAGGGCCACAGCUAUUGAUUAUGUCACAUACUUAUAAAAAAAGAUAACUUUUGUAAAAAAUCUAAACUAGAGUUUCAUCAAAAUGCCUACUUUAAAGCAUUUUGUGCAGCAGAUCUCAUGGGUAAUCAAACUGCUUACUGUCAUUAAAGAAUCCUUCCAAUCUUUAUUUUGUUUCUUCAAUUAAUAUUAUAGAUAUAGAUGACUCAAUUGGUUUUACACAAGUGAACAAUUCUAACCAAAAAAAAAAAAAAAAAGGUUUACUGGAAAAAGGUGUUAAUUUGCUUUUGCAUACAGUAUCAGGAAUAUGACACAUCGAGAAGUUCAUGGGAUCUAACUAAAAUAGUGAACUAGUUUACCAUUACUACUCUGAAAAGUGUAAAUAUUGCAAUUGUUAUUUUUAUGUAAAUACAUUUUUUUUCUUAAAGGGACACUAUAGUCACCAGAACAACCACAGCUUAUUGAAUUUGUUCUGGUGAGUAGAAUCAUUACCUUCAGGCUUUUUGCUCUAAACAUGGUCUUUUCAGAGAAAAAGACUUGAGGGGCUAGAUGGUGGUUUUAACCCUAUAGGGUCAGGAAUACAUGUUUGUGUUCCUGACCCUAUAGUGCUCCUUUAACCCUACAUUUAACUUCUCAAAACCUACACAAACCCUUUCCUUAGUUCCAAAUGUAAGCACUCAAAGUACUGAAAAACCUCUUAAGUUACUAAAAAAAAUUUUUAUUUUAUAAAGGUAGAAUCUUUAUGAGAUUCUCUUAUUGACUGUGUUGGUAUUUCACUGAAAUUCGAACCCAGCCAAGAGAUAUCCUGAGACACUAUGUCUGACACUUCUAGGUACUAGGUGCAGCUACCGCCGUCUAGAAGUGUAAAUCCACCCCAGCCCUCACCAGAGAUGGCUGCAGGGAAUUUACUUUAUUUAUGGAGGAUCCUGCAGUCUUGCAGGAUCCUCCAUAGAACUCAAUGCUGUACUCUCACGCAUGCGAGAGUGUUCAGCAGUGAUUUCAGCUCCUAGCGUAGCUGAAGAGGACCCACCGGGAAAAGAUGGUGGUGCCCACAAGAGACAGGUUCAGUUAAGUAGAACUCACCUUUGCCUGCCCCCCCGGCCACUGAACCACCAGUGGCGAUGUCACCAUUGGGGGUCUUUUCAAAUUUUGCAAAGUCCCCAGACGAUGACAGUGCCUCUUUAAGAGGAGGUAAAUUUAGGAUUAAGGUAAACACCCCAUGUGUUACACCCACUGUAACCCUAGACCCUAUAAUCCUAAACACCACUUCUGCCACAACUAAGACCCCUCUCAAGUGUUUAAUCUUCAUAACACCAUAUAUAAUGCAAGUAACCCCUCUCUAACCUUAAACCUCACUUUACCCUAACUACUUAUAAUAUUAUCAUAUACUCACAGAUUCAAACACAAUACAUGGCAAGUAGGAAUAUGCACAUACAUAUAGACAUGCACUUAUCAAAUAUGAAUAUGUAUAUUGUAAUUCUUUUCUGUGCCUCUACGCACCUGAUAUGUAAAUUCAGCCCUUUGACUCAUCAUCACACCACACAAAUUCUACAAUGAAAUUGCUUAGCCCAUUAUUACCCGUAAUGUGCAUGCCACAUCCAUAGCCAGAGGAUGUAGAAGUCUGCAAUCUCUGUGUUAGACCUAGAAAGUUUCCUGCUAAGAAUGCUAUUGUAUUUGCCAUUUUGUUGUGUGCAGCCCAGUGAAGCAAGCCUCUUGCUCAUCCCAAGCACAUCCUUUAACAAAACAGAAAAUCACUAAAGCACACAAAUAUGUGUAUAAAACACGGUAGAACAUGUUAGAACAUUUGUAGCUCUUGUGCAUGAGUGAGUUCUUCCAUGAUGCACUUUCAGUUGACUUCCUGUCUUUCAUACAACCUCCCUACCUCACAUUUGGGGUAAGAAAUGUUGGAAAGAGAGUGCCUCUAAAGAACAGUCACAACUCGAUAUAUCAUUGUAAGGUCAUGCCUAGCCUCUCCACCACUUUCCAUGUUUCCUAUUUUUUAUUUGUAAGGACCCUCUGCUCCAAAAGGAGAAGGCUCUCAUUUGGCUGCCCCCUUCUGAUGCCAUUCAUUGUGCCUUUCUAACAAGCGUCUAUAAAAUCUUUUCACUGUUUAGGAUAACGCUUAAAAAAAACAAACAAACAAUAUAUAUAUUAUUAUUUUCAUAUCUCCCCUCCCUUCUUACCUUUGCCUGAGAGGGAGGACAGUACAAGGCAAUCCCUGGUGGUCCGGUGGGGAAGCUCUGGUGGUCCCAGUGGUGAGAGUGAACUUUAGCAGCCUCAGGAGCUGCUAGAGUUCACUCUGGCAAGAUUUGGAGCAUUGCUAUGGGAACACUCCGAGUUCACGAGAGGAGAACCCAAUGGAGCUGCAGGUUAAAGCUCCCCUGAGACCUCCCUCCCUCCCCUGCCAACUGCAGCAUUACAUUGCUAGCGGGCCAUAGAGGGAGAUCUCUAAUCUCCCUUCCGGUCCUGCAGAUCCGGCAGGGGAGAGGGAGGCACGGUUCCUGGUGCUAUCAUCAUAGCACCGGGAAAAUAUCUCUAUUUUCCCGGCUCCCAUGUGUGCCUGUCGCGGCGCCCCAGCACACGGUUUGGGAGCCGCUGGUGUACCAUAAUUGAAUGCGAAAGGAAAACUGAGAUCAUCUCAAGUGCAAAUCUCAACUUAAUUACAAAUUAGAAUAACACAUGGCCUACGAAAUGCUUGCCCCUCCUUUACAUUGCAUGGUUUGUGAAGACACAAGUAAAAUACUGCCUGUAAAACAUUGAACCAUGUCCCUUCUGGCUGUUAGUUUUGUCCACCUAUGACCUCUAGCUCUCAACCUAGAACAGCUCCAACCAAUCAUACAGCUGGCUAAGAGUACUAUGAGCUGAGUCACAAUUCAACAAAAGCCAGAGAGCUACAGUUUGCCCUCUUUAAACAGCCAUCUUUCCAUUCUUUCAUCCUCAUCAACACCUUGCGAUUGGGCUAAAAACACAAAUGAUGUGAGGGAAUGAAAUGUGUCACUUUCAGCUCUUGUCACAUUUCUCCCUUUCUUUUUUUAUCCAUCUAAUAAUAUUCAUUAACUGUCUGGAUACAACACGUCAUUCAGAAACAUGCUGUGUCCUGCUGUAAUGUAGCCGUCCAGCUUUUCUUCUCCCAUAUGAAAACAUUACCGUAGGCUGUACAAGGGAAAUACAUUUUGAGCAAAGUUCUAAGUCCAAGCAAAGGCUGCAAUGAUCAUACAAGUAUUUUUAACAGUUACUCAUUUCCUCCAGAAUUGCUCCAUUUUGCUUUAAUAAAAGACAUUGUGUAUUUCAGAAAUGAUACCUUGAGAUGUGCCUUCUUUUCAAGUAUGAAUUUUUGUAUUUUAUAAUUCAUUUCAACUAUCUAAUGCAUUUCUAUGCACUGCAAUAGUUGAAAUGAAUUAUCAGACAUGCAAACUCCCACACGUUAUUAUUAUAAAUGGAUUAACUACCUAUGUGCCAGACCAAGAGCUACACAAUCAAAGUUAUUGAUUUUCAAUAAACUGGGAAUUCACCAGGAAAUUAUAACAGUGGUUUCAGUAUUUAUUUAAACCAUGACAAAAUAAACAUUGCAAAGCAUAGGCAGUUUUUAAACUCCUAUUAUUAUUCUACUUAAUUUACAAAGCAGUUACACAUUUCUCUGCGCUAUACAUGGGUACAAUCGGUACAAGUAAAAAGACAAAGGUACAAUAAAUCAGCCAAUACAAAGUUCGACAAACACUAGAAUAGCUGAAGCCCUUAUUUUCUUUAGUUAAUUACAAUCUAGUUGGAUGGGAGGGGUGAGAAAUAGUAGAUGGGGACUGCAAAGGUGAGAAUGAUGUUAAUACAGAGUGAGUUGAGGGCAUAUAUUGGUUCAGUAUAAAGUGCAAAUUAAAGAGUUGAGAAUUGAGUUUAAAGGCUUCCCUAAACAUGAAUGUCUUUAACCCCUUAAGGACCCAACUUCUGGAAUAAAAGGGAAUCAUGACAUGUCACACAUGUCAUGUGUCCUUAAGGGGUUAAAGUGUGCUUAAAUGAAAGCAAACUAGGGAAUAUUCUACCACCAAAGGGUUGGUGUGCAUGAGAGAAGCCCUGCAGCCUACCAUGGUGAUAAUAGAAAAUGCAGGGAUCUGGUCAUUGUUGCAUCUUAGCGGCAUGCUGGAGUAUAUUUGUUGAUUAGUGGGGAGUGGAUUUGGUAAACAUGUCAGAGUGAGAAUUUUUAAUUUAAUUCUGCUGUGAAUGGGAAGCUGGUGAAUGGACUUGCAUAGAGGUGCAGCAGAUGCUGAAUGAUGGGGGAGAGAGAGAAGGCAAGUUAAUAUGUUAUUGCAGAAGUGUGAUGGAAAGUAUAAUAUAGGAAUGAGGGGGAAAAGAAGCCGUGCAGGACUCCACAUAACAACCAGAAGGAAAAUACAGUAAUGGCAGAAACCAGACGCAGGACCAGGUGGUUUACCAUGGAUGUGAAGUACAGGGUAGGGAGCUCAAUGAAGCAAGAUUGAUGAUCUCAUCCAUACAGUAGCAAUGGAAGGCUAGAGCACAUUUGUGACAAAAUGCUAUGCUGCAUCAAUCAAAUACUUUAUUGCAGCUAAACAAUUAGCAUUUGUUCUAUAACGGACUUUGAUUCACUUAUAGUAAAAGAAGAGUCUCUAGCCAUUCCUACAUAACAGCACUGUUUUAUAUCCCAAGCUUGAAAAGAGAGGGUCACUGCACCCAGAUUACUUCAUUCAGAUGUAGUGGUCUAAGUUGCCUUUAGUACCCCCUUUAAACAAACUGACAGCAACAUUAAGAUUGGUAAUUAUUUAAUCAGAUUAUUAUUUAUUAUCAGGAAUUUUUAAAUAACAAUAAGAUGAUAACUGGACAAGUAUUCAUAUUAUAAUAACUACUUUUAAAGUAUUAGAUAUAGAAAAGAUUCAUUAAAUGUGUAACUGAAUCAAAUAAAGAUCAAAAUGUGAUGUUAUGGUAAAAGUAACAUAAUUAAAUAAUCUGCUGCCAAAGGUAAUACUUCAGUUGCAGAUUCACAGAAUUCCCAACAGAUAAAGAAAAGUAGAUGAUGGAUGAUUUUCAAGCUACUUUGUUUUAUGCAGUUGUCAGACAUAUAGCCUCAUUUCCACUGAGCGGAUCGGUUCGGUUUGGUAUGGUUCGCUAUUUUGGGUGUUUCCAUUAUGAAAGUGGUCCAUAUAAGCGAACCGUACCGAUCCAUUCAGUGUCCUGCUUCAGAUGCAGGGCCAUAGGAAAUGGAAUGGUUCGGUUAGGGCGGAGCUACUAUACAAUCCAUUGAUUGGUGGACAGGAAGAGCAUUUUUUAUAAACCCCGCAUGGCCCCUGAAGGUCUGACUUGCAGUGGAAAUGCUCACCAGAAUGGGCUGGACCAUUCUAAACCUUCCAAACUGUACCGACCUGAACCGAUCCGCUCAGUGGAAACAAGGCAUCAGUGUACGUUUAUAUACAUUUGUAUUUUAAUGUCCACAGUAAGUUAAAUCAAUGUCAGGCAAAUUGGCAUUAUAUUAUAUUACAUAGACAGACCAGUGCAUAGUUCCUACUUGUUAUACUUUAAGUUGGUCAGUACCAAGGUUGUAUCUGGUUUCUAAAGUCUUCAGUUCCAACUUGUCUUACUGCUGAUCUCUGCUUGGUACAUUGGCGAGAAAUAAGUCAAUACAAAAGAUGUCUCAAAGCAAUUUGUUGCCUUGCACAAUAGGUUAAAUAGUGGACUGGACUCUCCAUGUUGACACUACUGCUAUUUGGCUAAAACCAAACUGUACCCAAACACUCCUUGAUGGGUAUCUAUCUGUAAUCAACUCGGGAGACUGGAUUAGGUUGUCUGAAAAUUUCGGGUUCAUACAUUCCCAUCCUGUGCUAUGAAGCAUGGUACAUACUCACAUAAGCCCAAAAAUUAUUUAAAUAAGAUGUCUGUGAUUUUUUUGGUCUUCUUCAAUUUCCUUUUUACCUUUCAGCAUCACUAGCAUCUGUGCAGAGCAGCUUAUUCAAAAUCAGUAAAAAAUAUGCUAAAGACUUUUUAACCCGGAAAGAAUCCUUUCACAAAGGGAAAAUAAUGAGUCUAUUCACAAGUCUUCUUUAAAAUGUAUAUUUUCUCACAAAAUCCCAAACCUGAGCACAAAACAACUAAAAUCAGGAAUUACCAGCACUAUGACACUAAAAACUAGCUAUUAAUUGUUUUAUUUUUUGUAAUUUUCUUUUUUUAUGUGUAUCAAAUGCAAUGAAGUUUAGGCACAGGCUGGCUUUAGAUGUGGUGACCACUGAUGACUCCAUGCCUCUAACAUUAUUGAGAACACUUUGAUAGAUCUUUCUCAUUGUCUUCCACAGUAACUAAAAUCCCACUUGACUCUGUGAAAAAUCUAAUGAAGGCGUUUUGCAGAAGUUAUUUUAAUACACAUGAUAAGCCAAUUGAGACAAUAAUCACUGAGAUACAGUUGCAAGAAAAAGUAUGUGAACCCUUUGGAAUGAUAUGGAUUUCUGCACAAAUUGGUCAUAAAAUGUGAUCUGAUCAUCAGUCACAACAAUAGACAAUCACAGUCUGCUUAAACUAAUAACACACAAAGAAUAAAAUGUUGCCAUGUUUUUAUUGAACACACCAUGUAAACAUUCACAGUGCAGGUGGAAAAAGUAUGUGAACCCUUUAAUUUAACAACUGGUUGAACCUCCUUUGGCAGCAAUAACUUCAACCAAACGUUUCUUGUAGUUGCAGAUCAGACGUGCACAACGGUCAGGAGUAAUUCUUGACCAUUCCUUUUCACAGAACUGUUUCAGUUCAGCAAUAUUCUUGGGGUGUCUGGUGUGAAUCGCUUUCUUGAGGUCAUGCCACAGCAUCUCAAUCGGGUUGAGGUCAGGACUCUGACUGGGCCACUUCAGAAGGCGUAUUUUCUUCUGUUUAAGCCAUUCUGUUGUUGAUUUACUUCUAUGCUUUGGGCCUUUGUCCUGUUGCAACACCCAUCUUCUGUUGAGCUUCAGCUGGUAGACAGAUGGCCUUAAGUUCUCCUGCAAAAUGUCUUGAUAAACUUGGGAAUUCAUUUUUCCUUUGAUAAUAGCAAUCCGCCCAGGCCCUGACACAGCAAAGCAGCCCCAAACCAUUAUGCCCCCACCACCAUACUUCACAGUUGGGAUGAGGUUUUGAUGUUGGUGUGUUGUGCCUUUUUUGCCACAAAUAGUGUUGUGUGUUUCUUCCAAACAACUCAACUUUGGUUUCAUCUGUCCACAGAAUAUUUUUCCAGUACUGCUGUGGAACAUCCAGGUGCUCUUGUGCAAACUGUAAACGUGCAGCAAUGUUUUGUUUGGACAGCAGUGGCUUCCUGUGUGGUAUCCUCCCAUGAAAUCAAUUCUUAUUUAGUGUUUUACGUAUUGUAGAUUCGCUAACAGGGAUGUUAGCAUUUGCCAGUGACUUUUGUAAGUCUUUAGCUGACACUCUAGGACUCUUCUUCACCUCAUUGAGCAGUCUGCGCUGUGCUCCUGCAGUCAUCUUUACAGGACGGCCACUCCUAGGGAGAGUAGCAGCAGUGCUGAACUUUCUCCAUUUAUAGACAAUUUGUCUUACCGUGGACUGAUGAACAGCAAGGCUUUUGGAGAUACUUUUAUAACCCUUUCCAGCUUUAUGCAAGUCAACAAUUCUUAAUCGUAGGUCUUCUGAGAGCUCUUUUGUGCGAGGCAUCAUUCACAUCAGGCAAUGCUUCUUGUGAAAAGCAAACCCAGAACUGGUGUGUGUUUUUUAUAGGGCAGGGCAGCUGUAACCAACACCUCCAAUCUCAUCUCAUUGAUUGGACUCCAGUUGGCUGACAUCUCACUCCAAUUAGCUCUUGGAGAUGUCAUUAGUCUAGGGGUUCACAUACUUUUUCCACCUGCACUGUGAAUGUUUACAUGGUGUGUUCAAUAAAAACAUGGCAACAUUUCAUUCUUUGUGUGUUAUUAGUUUAAGCAAACUGUGAUUGUCUAUUGUUGUGACUUAGAUGAUGAUCAGAUCACAUUUUAUGACCAUUUUGUGCAGAAAUCCAUAUCAUUCCAAAGGGUUCACAUACUUUUUCUUGCAACUGUAAUUGUUUAGUUUCACAAUCUAUCUUGGGAAGUGUAGAUCAUUUUUGGCGAGACACUUGCGCCACUGACCUAAUAUAGGACCAUCAGUGCCAUGUAAGUUUUUUUUCCCCCCCCACAUCCUGAGGUUUCACAGCUAGAAGUCAGCUAUGUGUAGAUUUUACAAUGUAAAUAGUUUUAAUUUAAUUUUUUUUGACCCUCACAUUACCAUGCAACGUGCAAGAAUGCCCAUGCAUGCAUGGCAUGUAUUCAGACAGCAUUUCUCUAUAGAUGCCUAAGCAUGCUUGGAGUAUCAUUGGGCGAUGAAGUAAGUGUUCCUGAUUACCUGUGAUGUCCUAUAUACUUACAGUAUAUACAGUAAAUGAUUCAAUUGUUUCUGUUAUGGUGAGAGAUUAAAUAACAGCUUUGUUCUAACUAAUCAGGGAGGUAUUAUGUUAAAAAACAUGAACUUACUGGCAUGGUUGUGACUUUGUGGCAUUUUACUGGUUAACAAAACAAGCAUUCCUUCAAGAAUAGUCUCCCUUAAGUCAGAUCCAUUUAUCAGAAGCCCGGAGAGGAAAUGGAGCAUUAAAGAGAAACAGCUAAUCAUUUAUCUAAUGAAAGAUUCAUAUAGCUCAGGCUUAUUCACUUUGAAGCAGAACACUAAAAUGCAGACAGCCUCCUCCUCUACAUCCAACAUAAAAAAGGGUGUCACUGACAUUGUCAGGGAAUGCAAGAUUUGGCACAUGCAGCAGUCAAAAAACAAAUAUUUGUAUUCCCAGUGGAAUUACCAGGGACACAAGGUGGGUGCCCACUGGUUUUGCCCUAUAUAGGACCAUCAUUCCAUCAGCGUUGUUCAUUAAACACUGAAAUAGCUCAAUAGCAAUAUUUUGGCUAAAAUAGCCAUACUAUAUGAGUAGAAUUGGAAAAUUCUCCCAGGACAGCUAUUUGUGCCAUUUUGCCAUUCAGAUUUAAUUCAGUAAAAUUCACAGUUUAGUGACUGAUCCUGUCUGACAUGGUUUGAUAAUCUGUAACCAGAAUGUCAUGGAUUCGGAGUGAGAAAUACGCAUUAAAUUGCCAGUCAGAGAUGGCGUUUACACUUUGUUCAUCUUUUAUUGGUUGCACAGUGUUCUAAUACGGAACACUAGACUAUUUAGAUUAUAAUUGCCUCCAGACAAGGCACCAGUGCUCCAGCACAAAAAUGAAAAGGUUAUCUAAUUACAGUUUAGGUAUUGUUACAGUUGGAUAGUUACAGAAAAGUGCACCAUUUUGUCAGAUCUCACAUAUGACUUUCUCUGUGCUGUAUGAAAAGUCAAAAUUAGAAAAUUGUGUCCCCUUUGUAUAAAGGUCUAUUACGCAGCUUCAUACAGACCACACAGGAACACAUAAAAAUAAGAUAAAAUAAUUUUGAUUUACAAGCCCAGCUGGAGCAAUUAUAUAUAUAUAUAUACAACCCCAAGCUUUUCAAUUUUUUCCUUUAUAGAUUUGAUUUCUAUAUUCCAGGAUCACACUCAUUAAUGUAUUACAAGUUUAUACGCCCAGCAAAUUGUGUAUUAUAUUAUCCUAACAAUCUGUCCAUGGACCAAAACUAAAAUUAAAGGGACACGGUACUCACCAAAAGAACUUUAGCUUAAUGAAGCAGUUUUUGUGUAUACGUCAUGCCUCUGAAGUUUCACUGCUCAAUUCUCUGCCAUGUAGGAGUUAAAUCACUUUUGUUACUGUAGCCCUAGCUACACUUCCCCUGACUGUGAUUGACAGAGCCUGCAUGAAAACAAAAUGGUUCCAUUUUCAAUCAGAUGUAAUUUACUUAAAAGUUUUUAUCUCCCACUCUGCAAAUUGAACUUUAAUCACACACAGGCGGCUCCUGGAGGAUCUAGCCAGCUAUUAACAGACCAGGAGAUAUGAAAUUAUAAAUUAAAUAGAAUGUACAAUAAAGGAAGUGCAAACAUUAGAUGACUCUUUACAGGAAGUGUUUAGGCAAGCUGUGUAAGUCACAUCUAGUGCUGUAUAAACAAAGUGAUUUAACUUCUAAAUGGUAGAGAAUUGAGCAGAGAGACUGCAGGGGCAUGAUCUAUACACCAAAACUGAUUUAUGAAGCUAAAAUUUUUUGGUGACUAUAGUGUCCCUUUAAUAUUAUUUUGGUUUGCAUUGAUCAUCUUGGGUCAUAAACAAGAGACAUUAAAAGUGUUGAAAAGGGAAACUGAAAUGACAAAAGAGUUUAUUAAAUAGUGAUCUGCAAUUAAAUAAUGUUAAUUGAUGGUAGAUUUGCAAAAUCUGGCAGAAUAGCAGAUUUUGAAUCAUUUUUGGUGAAGAGCGCUUUGCAGGUGUCACAUUGCCAAAAUGUUUUCAAACAAUACAUAAAAAAUUUGAACUUUUUUAUAUGUGAUGGGAAUGAAUGCUUCUUUUAAACGAUAACAGCGACAUAUAUAUUUUUUAACAUUAAAGUAAAAGAAACAAUAUUAUAAAAAGUUUUAAUCCUGUGUUUUGACCCAUUAACUGUCGGAGAUGGGCACUGCUCAACUCCGUAGCAGUGAAAUAAAUACACAAAGCAACAUGUGCUCUUCAUUUUUGUGCCAUUAUAAUCGUCUUCAUGUGCCUGUCAAACUAGUUUGCCCUUCAGUUUGCUCACUGAUCCAUUUACUUUCUUAAAUCUAGAUCAGUAGAAAGGGAGAGGUGGGGUCUGACUCCCUUGGAGUGGGUGGUAGCAGCGCCAGAGAUGAUCCCUCCUGUUUCAGCUCCAGUUAUUGCAGUGUGAAUUAUUUAAAAAGAAGGCAUAGGGGAUUGGGUGCCGUUCUCAUUUCAUAUGCACAGAUCAGCUUUCAGCUGCCUACCAGCGCUGAAAUUAUAAACGUCUGACUCCCACUGAACUGUCACUGGCGUCUCCCUAUCUCAAUCAUGCCAUCUGCUGCCAGACACCCUGCAUUCCUCUGCAGAUAAUGAAGGAAAUUGUCUCAAUGCCCAAAGAGGGCAGUUGCUCUUGGCACAGCUUACCCUUAUUAUUCUGCCAUACAUUAUCACUAAUUGUGCCCUCUCUGCAAAAGCUGCAUCACACAAGGAGACAGAUAAUAAAAGACUAUUAAUGCAGCUGUGUAACUGAUUGCUACAGUUUGUUUGCACAACUAGUAUUUGAAUUACAUUCAACUUUUGCUUCAGCUCACCCACAACAAACACUGCCCAAAUGUUCUGAAAAUCAAGGUGUAGGGGUUAAUCCUGAACAUUUCAUACAGCUGUAUAAUGUACUGAUAAUCAUUACAUAAUUAGAACAUUUUUAGAGCAAGCCAAGACCAAUAUAGUUUACUUACACAGGUAAAUGCUUAAACACAUUCCCUGCAUUUUAUACGCACAAUACUUUUGAGUUUAUUUGCUAAACACCAAAUUUUAGUGAAGUUGAACAGGGUUAUUUACUAAAGUGUGAAUUGCCAGGAAUUCAAAUUUUAGGCCAGAAUAGCCAAGUCAGAAAAAAUGUCCUAAUCAGCAAUGUUUUCUGUUCAGCUAUUUUGGUCUGAAAUUAGAAAUGUACUUUUAAUUCAUUUUGAAUUCCCAACAACCAGGGCCAGAUUGGCCCACAAGAAUACCGGGAAGUUUCCUGGUGGGCUGUCGGCACCUGGGGCCGGGCAGACACCUGGGUGUGAUGGCGGUCGCUGGGGGAGUGUAAUGGCGGCAGCAGUGGGAGCAGUGCUGUCUCUGCUCCCCAGCGCACAGCUUAAUGCGACCGUGGCCGGAAUAUGAUGGCACAUCUGCCCUGCACGACCCCCUGGCAGGCCGCCCACAGGUAAUAUGUGUCAUUGUGUCAAUGUGAGUGUGUGUGUGUGUGUCUGUCUGUGUCAUGUUGUGUGUGUCUGUGUCAUGGUCUGUCUGUGUCAUGGUGUGUGUUUCUGUCAAGGAGUGUGUGUGUGUCUGUCAUGGUGUGUGUCUGUGUGUGUUUAAAAAUAGUGUUUUUACUCACUUUUUUUUCCACGCCAUGCUGGUCUCCCCUCGACUGGCCCUGCCUCUAUGACUGAGAUCAUCAAGCUUGCUCUGCCAUCGGAUUGGCUGCACUAUACUACACCAAUCAGCAUCUCCUCAUAGAGAUGCAUUGAAUCAAUGUAUCUCUAUGGGGAACGUUCAGCGCCUCCAGAGCGUGAAGGCCCUGAAUGUAGGGGCUGCACACUGUGCAGCACAGACACAGGAAGCACCUCUAGUGACCGUCUGAGUGACUGUCACUAGAGGUGUCACUAGGAAGCAAUGUAAACACUGCCAUUUCUCUGAAAAGUCAGUGUUUACAUUGAAAAGCCUGUAGGGACAGGCUAUAUACACCAGAACCACUACAUUAAGGUGUGUGUGUGUGCCUGCUAGUGAGUGAGCUUGCUUGCAUGUGUGUGUGUGUGCCUGUUAGUGAGCGAGCUUGCGUUUUUAUGCCAAUGAGUUUAUGUAUAUCAGUGAGAUUGUUUGUCUAUGAGGCUGUGUAUCAAAGAGCUUGUGUGUGUCAGGGAGAUUGGCCGUGUCUGCAUGUGAGUAUGCUUGCUGUAUAAUUAAACAUUUUACUCUGAAAGGACCAAUAUUUUAUAUUAGAAAAAGCAAUAUAUAUUUAUAUAUAUAUACAUAUAUAUAUAUUUAGAUAUUACUCAAUCAUCUGGGGUGGCAAGACAUAGCCUUACAUAUUACAUGCGACAAUAUAUGGUGCAAUGACUUAUGGGGCUGGCAUAGAUUUUUUUUCCAGGGCUGCUUUGUAUCCCCAGUCCGACCCUGCAACAACUCGGCCUUAUAUGAAUAACCCAGACAGCUAUAGUCACAGCUUGGCUAUUUUGCUUGAAUUCUAAAAAGAAAAUUCCAGGUCACUACAAUUGAUGUUUAAUCAAUAAACCCAUUUUGAGUUUUAUUGAUAUGUAGCCGGAGGAAACACUUCAACAACUACACACCAAACGUGGUUCAUAUCUAUUUUCUGAUUUGCAGGUAUUUGUUCAGCCAUAUAACAAUUUGAUUUAAUUUCUAACCUGAGUAUGUGGAGAAUUGAAAAGUUAGUUGCAAAUUGUGGGUCAUAAUAGCCAAAUUCUGAGAAAUCCCCUGUUCCAAUUGUUUCCCAUUUAGUUAAUAACUGAGUUAUUCUAUGUUAACACCUAGAAAAAAUUUAAUUGUAUAGAAAGAGAGAGACAGAUGAAUUUGGUUUUCAUAUGUAAUUGCAUUUGACUAUAUUAUUCCCCCACACUAGGCUUAUGCGUUAGAGGCACGAUCACUCUCUAAUAUAAUAUUCAGGUUUGAUCCUUGAACAAUAAGAUACGUUUCUCUCUUCCAUAACUAUUUCAUUAUUAAUCAGCCUACUGUGUGAGCAGGUUAAAAGAACACAAAUCACUCUGUAUAUUUAAUGCUCCAAGUUAAGUCUGAUAAAUACAAACCAAUCAGGUUAAUUGUAUGUUUUUAAACAGUACAUCUAUAGGUUAAAUAGAACGGAGCGCGUUAGAACACAUGGCAAAGAAUACGAGGACUUGUGCAUGCCAGAUGUCUCUAAACCAUAGCCAUAAACAGUGUCACUUGAGUUCAGAGAUGAUCCCAGCUGCAAUAAAAACAUUUUGGAAGCACAAACACCUGCUCUGUCAGGUACACUCAGUGUCAGGGAUGUGGUCAAUUAGAGCGUUUAUAAUAAACACUGCAUAAGUCAGUGGUUUUCAAAGACUGGGUCAUUACAAUAUUUGUCAUCUUACUGCAUCCCCAUUGAUUGGAACAGGCACUGCCUUCCUCAAUGCAAUGUAGACCAUUCUGACACCGAGACAAGUCUAAUCAACAUCUUUAACUGAAUUUAUUUCAGUACAUAUUACAUUAAAAAUAAGAAUGGGCCACACAGAUAAUUUUACAAAUACAAAUGUGACACCAGGCUGAUGCUUUGUACAUCAUUUGGGUCUCUGUUAAAAUAUCUUACGAACCACUGACAUAUAUAUUUAUAAAUCUUUGACAAUGAAGCAAAUUAGGAAACCCACCCCAAAAAAAUAAGAUUAAAAAAAUAAAUAAAAAUGAAAUAUAGUGUUUACUGACUUUGUGGCCAACCUUUACAAGCAGCAACCACAAACAAUGAAUUUCUUUAACAGGUAUGUCAAUAAAUGGACACUUGCUGUUAAAGGAUUAAUAUUUUGUGUGUAAUUUGCUCAGGCUGUUUAGUUUUGAAAAAAUAUAUUACAGACUUCAGUGUAUGUUUCCCAGGAAAGGAGGAGUUCACAUAGAAAUGAAUAUGUACGUUCUGAAGAAAUAUUAAUUCUAAUGUAAUUGGAAUGGGGAUAGAGUUUUAACAAGCAAAUCUGUUCUAAAUCACCUUCUAUUGAUUGUGGUCUUUGGGGUUCCACAUCUCAUCUAGCACCGGACAAAAUGUUUUGUGGGCUCCAUUUUAUAAUUUACACUAGAUUUUUAUGUUAGACUUAGUCUCUUUAUGUAUUGACAAUAACAGAGGCAAGAUAAGGUGUGUGUGUAUUGAAAUUAUUCAAAAGGCACAGCAAUGUUUUACAUUGUCCAAAAAUAAAAAGGCACAGCAUCUAUGUACCAAAAUCAAUUUGGUGCUUAGAAUGUCCCUUUAAAUAAUGAAACAGUGCUUGUUACCAGUUAGUUUCAUUACACAAGUUAAAUGGUUGAAUGUGCUGAUUUUCCCUGCUGAUUCAUUCUUAACUAUACAGUAUUCAGUGUGUUGAUCCCUCAAGGUUUAUACGUUUGCAGACAGUCUAUACAUACAACUCCACCAACCAUGCUAUCAGCGCUCUCUGAAAACAAGCCUCAGGCAAACACACUUCAAGGGCAUUGUUUAAGUAGUAGCCUUAACUGAACCAAAUCUAGCGUAGGUUGAGCUCCGUUAAAGCUGUGCCCAAGGCUGUUAUAUGUCUGGAGGUCACUGUCAGAUGAGAACAGGUAGCUAAAUAGACCUUUUUUCAUCAUUUGGCUAUUAUUAACCAUUUGUGAUAUAUAUACAUACACACACACACACACACACACAGUGCUCAAUAAAUAAAUAAGUCGCCAAUUUUGUCCCGGUGCCUGGGAUUUAUCAGCCCAUUCAGCGGAGCAGGCUGCUGAGGGUGAAACCUGGCAGCCUGGUAUGGGAGCAUGAAGGCGGCGAGGGAGCUGUUAUCUUUCUACUCUUCUUGCUCUGCCUCGCGCUCCCUCCAGUGAUGAUGGGAUUUGAAGUCACUCCGGCCCAGGCAUCACUAAACAGCCCCCUAGGGAGCAGAGCAAGAAGCGCUCCCCCCCAUGGAAAGGAUCCACUCCAACUCUCCCAGGUAAGGAGGCUGGGUGGACUUAAAUAGAAAUAAAAAUUAUUAAUAGUUUGUGAGUGUGUGAGAAAAUGUGUAUGUAUGUAUGUGUCUGUCGAUGGGUGUGUGUCUGUCAGUCGAUGGGUGUGAGUCUGUCAGUAUGCGUGUGUCUGUCAGUUAGUGAGUGUGUCCUCACCUUUUCUCCCACGCCGUGCUGAUCUCACGUGUCUGGCCCUGCCUCCAUGACUGAGAUAAUCAAUCUUGAUGAUCUCAGACAAUACAAUGUUUUCCCACACACUGCACACAAUGUCCGUCUGAGUGACUGUCACAAGAGGUGUUACUAGUCAGUAAUGUAAACACUGUCUUUUCUCUGAUGUUUUCUCUGGAAUUCCCAGUUCCUGGGACCAACUUCCUACGAGCAUCCAUUACAGUCUUAGAAAGUGUUUAAAGAGAAACAAUCACUUCCUAACUUUAAAAACAGCUAGCCAACUAAAAUUGAAUCAAUGCAUUUCUAUGAGGAAAGUUCAGUGUGUCCAUGCAGCAUUGAGAUAGGAAGAACCUCUAGUGGCCGUCACAGUCAGUGGCGUACAUACCAGGGUCGUAGGGGUCGCGGCUACAUCCGGGCCCGGCCCACCAGGGGGCCCGGCCGCCCCUGCGACCCCGGUAUGUACCCACAGGGCCAGCCUCUUCUCCUGGGGGGCCCAGGCGGCAGCCACCUCAGGGCCCCGCCCCCGAGGCUGGCCCUGCUGACCCCGGCGGGCGGUCUGGGUGGGUGGCCGGCACUGAUACCGGAGCCGGAAGAUGACGUCAUCUUCCGGCGCCGGCAUCCCUAUGCGGCGCGCGAAGGAGCUGAAGAGGAAGCACACAGGGGAGAGUGCUCCCUCGCGCGCCGGCCACCCAUCCAGACCGCCCGCCGAGGUCAGCAGCACCAAUGGACCCCAGGGAAUCCCCCCAGCUCUCCAAAAGGUAAGGAGGCUGGGGGGAUAACAUUUUUAAAAAAAUGUGUGUGUGUCUGUUAGUGUGUGUUUGUGUGUCUGUUAGUGUGUGUAUGUUAGUGUUUUUGUGUUAAUGUGUGUGUGUGUUAGUGUGUGUGUGUUAGUGUUUGUGUGUUUGUGUUAGUGUGUGUGUCAGUGAGUGUGUCUGUUAUUGGGUGUGUGUCUGCUAGUGAGUGUGUUACUGUGUGUGUCUGUUACUGAGUGUGUUUGAUGUCUGUUAGUGAGUGUGUGUUUGUCAGUGAAAGUGUAUGUUUUGUAAGUGAGUGUGUAUGUAUGUCUGUCGCUGAGUGUGUCUCUGUCAGUAAAUGUGUGUGUCUGUUAGCUAGUGUGUAUGCGUCUGUUCGUGAGAGUGUGUGUGUGUCUUCAGCAUUUACCUUUCUCCAGCGUCGGACUCCCUUGGCGCUGGGGAUCCCUCCGCCUCUCAGCUCCGAAUGCACAUGCGCGGCAAGAGGCGCACGCGCAUUUAAACCGCCCAUAGGAAAGCAUUACUCAAUGCUUUCCUAUGGACGUUCAGUGUCUUCUCACUGUGAUUUUCACAGUGAGAAUCGCGGAAGCUCCUCUAGCAGCUGUCAAUGAGACAGCCACCAGAGGCUGGAUUAACCCUCAGUGAAACAUAGCCUGGCACCUGGCACCCAGACCACUUAAUUGAGCUGAUGUGAUCUGGGUGUCUGUAGUGGUCCUUUAAGUGUGUGUGCUUACGGCGGUCGCGGGGUGGCAGCCCUGCAACCUAUGCGACCAGGUGCCCGCCGCAAUGUGUUGCGGCCCCGACCCGCGCCGAGUAAGGGGGGGGGGGAGGGACGGAUCAAUUUUCGCACCGGGGCCCCAUAGGUCAUGUGUACGCCACUGGUCACAGUGACUAGCUAUCAAUGUAAACAUGGCCUUUUCUCUGACAAAACUGUGUCUACAGUGCAAACACUGCUUCAACAUGCUAUAGAAACCAGAACCACUACAUUAAGCUGUGGUUCUGGUGACUAUAGUGUCCCUUUAAGUUACAUAUUUUGCCAGCCAAAUAUGUAAGAACUCUAGCAGUACUGUACACAUGGCACAUGCACAUGUGCUGCAUGAUUCGGAGCGUCCAUGUGUCAGUCUCAGCCAGGGUGGGUGUGGUUAGAGCUGUAUAAAUAAAGUGAUUUAACUCUUGAAUGAGAAUUGAGCAGUGAGACUGCAGGGGCAUGACCUAUGCACCAAAACCGCUUCAUUAAGCUAAAGUUGUUUUGGUCCUUUUAAGAACAAACACAAAAUAAUUUCUUUACAGCGGCUAACCCUUACUUCUUUAGUUUACUUGUGCAUUCGCGGCAGUUGGCAUGAACUUUAUACAUCCACAACAUUGGCAAACCUCUUUGUAUUAUAAAGUGCCUGAAAUGUUCCUACUCCUUAAGAGGUUAAUCUUGAUUAAUUGUGGUUAUAGCUCCAGAGGCACGGUCUCAAACUGAAUCAAUCCCUCUUUCCUUCUGAGGCCAAUUAAAUUAGUUAGACAUUUAACUCUGGGACACAUUUGAAAACUAACAAAAGAUAAAUGUUCCAUUCUUAGUUAAACACUUCAACAUUAUUAUUAUCUGAUCUCUCAAUCAGCCUGUAAAAAACUAUUUCAAAGACUGGGAUGCAAUGUCACAAAUUCAAAUAGUAAGACUAUAGCCUUGAUUUUUACAAACAUUUUAUAUCAGACCAGUAAACCCAAGGAUAUGAAAGGUUGUGGAUGAGGUUUGGCUCUCCAUGUCUUUUUCACACAGCUCACAUCGGCAAUAUGUUUUGAAUUCCUGAUAGGGAAACUACUAAUUCAGUAUAGUAGACGGCCAUUCCCCUAACUUUUCUUUACAGCCAUAAGUCAUCCAGCUGAGAUGUACGGCUCUUUACUUGCUGUUUCACAGUGUUUGGAUACAUUAAUCACAAUGAUGGAUAAUACUGAAAUAUUUUUUUGCUGCUGUGGUAAUUUUCUAUUUUGUUUUUGCUAUUAGCACCAUGACAGUUGCAGUGACACAGUGAUCUUUUCUGAUCAUUCACUUUUUAUAAGAUUUAAAGCCUUCAAGAUCUGGGAAACAUUUAAUCUAUUCACUAACUAGCUACAUGUGGUGACUUAUAAUAAUAAACAAUAUUAUCAUUUAGAUUUUCCUAGCUUACAUGAACUAGGGUACAUAUGUUAUUAUUACCCAACUCAAUGGUACUCAUUUAUCAACACAGCAAGGUUGGAUGGUCGAGAUGAUUCCAUUGGAAUUUGAACUUGCUUUCAUGAGUUUCAAUCACUGUAGGUAAUGUAGAUAAUACAACUAGUGUCUUUUCUGGGUUUUUUUUUUAUCAUUAUAAACAAUCCAAUUAAACAAAUUUUCUUGUAAGUCCGCUAUGCCUAAAUUUUUAUGUAUUGCAUACAAUGUAUAAACUCUGGUUUUUGGUAUGUUAAACAAUUACAUGUUCUAACUUUUCAUGCAGUCAAAAUUUAGAAUGGUUAGAAUUCUAGGUGAUGAGAAAUGAACGACCAACAUUUAAUAUCCAAUGCUAUAUACUUAAAGGGAUACUAUAGUCAACAAAACAACUUUAGCUUAAUGAAGCAGUUUUAGUGUAUAGAUCAUGCCUCUGCAGUCUUGCUGCUCAUUUAUCUGCUAAAUCACUUGUUUAUGUAACCCUGGUCACACCUCCCUGCAUGUGACUUGCAAAGCCUUCCUAAACACUUCCUGUAAAUAGUCAUUUAAUGUUUAUACUUCCUUUAUUGCAAAUUCUGUUUAAUUAAACAUUUCUUAUCGCCUGCUCUGCUAAUAGCUUGCUAGACCCUGCAGGAGCCUCCUGUAUGCACUUCAAGUUCAAUUAACAGAGCAGGAGAUACAAACUUUUAAAGUAAGUUACAUCAUUUUGAAGAUAAAACCAUUUUGUUUUCAUGCAGGCUGCGUCAGUCACUGCCAGGGAAGGUGUGGCUAUUGCGGCAUAAACAGAAACAAAAGUGAUUUAACUCUUAACUCCUAAAUGAUAGAUAAUUGAGCAGUGAGACUGCAGGGGCAUGAUAUAUACACCAAAACUGCUUUAUUAAGCUAAAAUUGUUUUGGUGAAUAUAGAGUCCCUUUAAUACACUUAAAAUAUUGAACUCAAUUGGCAUAGAGAGGAACAAAACAGAAAUAGUUGAGCUGAAAAUAUAGCUGGCCUUUCCAGUUCAGCUAUUGUGGCCUAAAAUCCAAAACUAACUUUGAAUUUUUUUAACAAUUCAUAUUAGUGAAAUGUGUAUGUCGUGAAAUCUAAUCUUUGCUUGAAAUCUGUAUACGAGUACAUUUGGAAAUUGAAUCUGGUGUGCCAUUUAUAUGACGUUGUUUAUCAGUGUGGCUAUAUGAUAAACUGAAGUCAAAAUGGUAAAAUUCUAUAUAAAAUAGUGACAUUUCCAAAUAGUUUAGUUCCCAAAUUUGCAGUUUCAGUUGGUUUACCGUGUGGUCUGUUGAAAAAAAAAAAAUCUGCUACAACAAAUGUAGAAAUUCAAAGAGAUACAUCAAUUACAAUUCCUUUGUCCACAAUUUGCAAUAAACAAUAUACUAGCCACGUCUCAGUUGGGGAUGGCAGACACACAAUCAACUCAGAAUAACUCAGAAUAAUGACUAAGCAUCCACAGUUAGUUUUUCAUCCUGUUCCUGUCUUUAAUUGUAAAAGACUGACAAUUCUUUUUCUGUGACAUCACAUUAUUCUGAGUUGAGCUUUGUUGUGGCUCCAAGAGGUGCAAUUACAUCAAAAUAUCCUUACUAAAUUAUGAUGCCAAGUGCGAAUCUGCCUAUUGAUUAUUUUACUGCACGUGGAUCACCUUUGAAUAAUUCAAAAUUAUUUAGUGAUAUAUUGAUGAUUAUUGUUUUUGCUUUACUAUGUUAAAUCAAGUGUUGUGAACUGCAGGUCGCAGGAAAUGUAUUAACACUAACAUUGAUAUUUUUAUCUGACCCCUCACACUUUCCUUAUUUCUUGGUCUAUUUGUCAAUUUGACAUCUCUCUUCCUCCCUACAUAAUCUAUAAUACCAUUUCGUCAUGCUCACGUUUACUGUUCUACCAAUCACAUCAACAUCUGUGGGUUUUUUUUCUCUCUCCCACAAUUUACAAGUGUUAUCCUUCCCAUAUUUUCUUCUCCUUUCAAUCAUUGUUAUUCCUAGUCCUUGUUUGCUGGUUAUCUAUGUGUGCUGCCUCUACCCUCCUCUCCUGCCCCUCUUCUUGUAAGUGCAACACCAGCAGCCUGGAGGUGGACUGCAGUGGCCGUGGACUAACCUCUGUACCCGCUGAUAUACCCCAAGACACUCGGACCCUUUUGCUGCUCAAUAACCGUCUCAGUUCUCUACCGGGUGGGACAUUUUCAAACUUAAGCUCCUUGCACCGCUUGGACCUCUCCAACAACUUCCUAGAUCAGCUACCAUCACAGCUCUUUGGGGACCUAGUCAAUCUUACAGAAAUACGUUUGAGAAAUAACAGUAUACGUGUCCUGGACCGUGAUUUCCUGCAAGGACUACCCCUUUUACGCAGAUUGGACUUAUCUCUUAAUGGUCUCUCCCAAUUGCCUCCUGGACUUUUUGAUGACCUUCCAAUGCUCCACUGGUUAUCCUUACGUUCCAACCGUCUACAGAGCUUGGAACGUAUUACUUUUGAGCCUUUAAGUAGCCUGGAGAAUAUACAGCUGGGGGACAAUCCCUGGGAGUGUGACUGCAAGCUACGAGACUUCAAGCACUGGAUGGAAUGGUUUUCCUACAGAGGUAAGAGUCCAUGCCCAAAACAAUGUUAAAUAACUAACUAUGAAGAAGGGUCACUAAUGGAUUUUCAUACUUAAAAAAAAACAUAAAAAAACUAAAAAACACACAUUUGACUACAGUGUAAUGUAUAAUAGUGAAUUUUACAAAAAGAAAAUCUGGAAUAUUUGCAUGAUAGUCUUUAAAAAAUUGUGUAAACACAAUCUGACACUGUGUCUAGUGCAAUUAUUUUAUCAUUUGCUUAUUACUAUAUAGCUAUGUAGAUAUUUCACAUCAGUACCUAUGACUAUUUAUACACAAAUGAAUUAAAGGUGGGCAAAGGUCAGGAAGAAGUCAGAAAUCAGAUGGGUAGCACAAUUCUUUCGGCCACAGUUUAGAAUACUAUAGGGAAUGCUGAAUCAUUUGAAAAUGUUAACACUAUGGACAAACAGUUCUACUAAGUGUAAUAUCAUUUGUUUAGGAUACAUGUUGGUUUAGUUAGAGACCCUUUAUUCCCUAUUCAACCACACGUUUGAUGUGUUAAAAAAAUGUUUCAAACAAUUUAAGUACAAAAAUUCCGAUAGACUUUAAUUGUGACUUCUGUAGAAAAGACAUUUGAAAAGUAUUCCUAACAGAUUCUAAUCAUUUGAGAUUAUUGUUUCUUUAAUUUAAUUAAUUUUCUGAGCAUUAGAUUUGCGAAUUCUCCACCAUGAGCCUAUUAUUAAAAGUACUGAUAAAAUUAAAACAUGUGAAUAAUGAGUUACAUCUGGAUAGAAAAAACAUAAAAUGUUUAUUUUUCCUGCAAUCUUCUUAUAGGGCAAUAAUCCCACGAAGGUCUAAAUUUCUAACAUUAAACAGCAUUUUUUGGUAUUAAAGUUCCCUAUUUGUUUGCACAGCAGAGAAAAGUUAUUGCUGUUAAGCCUUAGUCUUAUAAGUACUUCUUCCUUCGGGAAUAAAUAAUUACAAGAGCAAUGUCAUAGAAUGACAAUGUUUCUCAACGUUUUGUGAUACACAAAUAUAAUUUAAAAUACUACAAAGGUACAGAACUUUGAUUUCCUCAUUUGAAUUUAAUAAUCAGGACACAUAUGCACAUCGUAUUUUCCUUUUUAAACAAAUCUUGUUCAUUCAUUACUUUGUUUCACAUAUGUGGAGGGAUACCAACUUUUGCCUUUCAUUUUCGGUUUCCUUGUAGGGGGAAAAAUAGAUGAACUACAAUGCACUCUCCCCAAGGAACUGCGUGGCAGAGACAUACGCAUGGUGCCUGUAGAGAUGUUUAACUACUGCUCCCAAUUGGAGGAUGAAAACAGUUCUGGUCCAGGUGAUAGGCAAGCUCCACCUUGCACUAAGGGAAGUCUAGCUCCUCUGGAACCAGAGCCCAGUCCAGACUGCCCGCAAAAGCAGAGAUAUCGUCCAGCAAGUGUUCGACGUGCUAUUGGCACAGUGAUAAUUGCAGGCGUUGUAUGUGGCGUGGUCUGUAUAAUGAUGGUGGUUGCAGCUGCGUAUGGCUGCAUAUAUGCUUCGCUUAUGGCCAAAUACCACCGGGAGCUUAAAAAGAGACAGCCCUUGAUGGGGGACACUGAAGGUGAACAAGAGGAACAAAGGCAAAUCUCCUCUGUUGCAUAAGGACAAACUCUUGUUAUUUCCCUCAUUAUGGAGUGGAUGUUACAGUGCCCCUUCUGCAUAACAUACAGGGUGCCCUACACUGCACACCCCUCUAGUGACAGCAGUCAUAGGAUCAAAUAUGUAACCCUAUUUAGCAACAGCUACUCGAGUUGCAAUAACCAAAAGCACUUAACCAUAUAACACCCUCUCAAGCAUCUUCAGAGUUUGCUGCACAAUUAAGCUGUCAAUGCAGGAGUAUAUAUAAAUUACAGAACACCAGUAAAUUAAUAAAGACUUGUAAUUACCAGAGUAAAAAGUAUUUUCCUAGUUAUGGAUCACAGGAACUCAUAUAAGUUAAGUAUCAUUUUCUUAUGGCAGAUAUUUAUUUUUAACCUGAUGAAUAUCGGAAGCGGUAUGCAAUUCAUUGGAUAAAGCAAAGGUCGCCUGCGCUUCUGAGGUAGUAAGGGUUAAAGGUAUUAAAGUAAAAUAAAAACAACUUUUAAAAAAAAGCACUUUUAAAUGUCAAUAACAAUGAUCAAAGAUAUAUCAAAGAAAAGCUGGCUAGAAAAUAAGAAAGUUGUGGAGGAAAACACACACACACACACACACACAUAUAUUCUGAUCAGGUACAACAUUUAAACCACUGAUUAUAUUGUUACAAAGCCACCUGUCAAGGUGUGGGAUAUAUUCGGCAGUACAUGAACAGUCAGUUCUUUCAUUUCAUGCGUUAGAAGCAGGAAAAAAUGAGCAAGCGAUAAGAUCUGAGUGACUUUUCCAAAUAGUGAUGGCUAGAAGACUGGGUCAGAGCAUCUCCAAGACAGCAAAUCUUGUGGGGUGUUCCAGGUAUGCGAUGGUUAGUACCUACCAAAAGUUGUGCAUGGAAGGACAACUGGUGAACCAGCAUCAGGAUCAUGGGCCCUAAAGGCUCUCUGAUGCACAUGGGGAGCAAAGGCUUAAACAACUGAAAAAUGUAAUGCUGGCCACGCUAGAAAGGUGUCAGAACACACAAUGCAUCACAGUUUGCUCCAUAUGGGGCUGUGUAGCUGCAUACCAGUCAGAGUGCCAAAGAUGAGCCCUGUCUACCACUGAAAGUGUCUUCAGUGGGGACUGGACCAUGGAGCAAUAGAAGAAGGUUGCCUGGUGUGAUGAAUCAUGUUUUCUUUUAGAUCCAGUGGAUUGCUGGAUGCAUGUGCUUUGUUUACCUGGUGUAGAGAUAACAGCAGGAUGCACUAUUUGAAGAAUGUAGGCCGGUGGAGACAGUGUUAUGCUCUGGGCAAUGUCCUUGGAUUGUGGCAUUCAUUGUACUUUGACACGUACCACCUACCUAGAGAUUAUUGCGGACCCCAUUUACCUUCUUUUAGCAGGAUAAUGCACCCUGCCACAUUGCAAAAAUUGUUCAGGAAUAGUUUUAGGAACAUUACAAAGAAUGCAAGGUGUUGCUUUAACCUUCAAAUUCUCCAAAUCUCAACCUGAUUGGGGUUUGCUGGAACAACAAAUCCGAUCCAUGGAGUCUCCACAUCGCAACCUGCAGGAUUUAAAGGAUCUGCUACAAAUGUCUUGGUUGCAGAUACCACAAGACACAUUCAAAGGUCUUAUAGCAUCAGAGCUGUUUUGGCAGCACGAGGGGGUCCUACACAAUAUUUGGCAGGUGGUUUUAAUGUUGUGGCAGAUCAGUGUGUGUGUG